AUGCCUCGGCAAAGAAGCAAGCCUUCUAGUCCUUCCCUGCUCAACCGAACAAACGGCGAUGAUCCCAGCGAUUUAGAUAAAACAGUUUUUAUUGGCAAUUUGCCUACAAUCUCCGUGGAUCGCAAAGAGAUGGAAGAAAUGUUUUCCAAAUAUGGAAAAAUUAGUGGUUAGUACAGUUUUAUAUACUACUACUACUACUACUAGAUUUUGGAUGGAAGGUCCUCAUCAGCCUUUUAUAUUUAUUUUGACAUGGAAGUUUGCUUAUGUUGUAAAGAAAGCCUUAAGCCACAUGUCUGGGACAACAAGUUACCCACCUCUUCCUGUCUCAUAAAACGACUUGUCUCGUUUGUGUAGUACAAAUGUUACAUGGAUAAUACUUAAAGUGUAAUCUGCCACUGGCUUUGCAAAAUGAAAUGUAAAGCAAAGGACCUAACAUGAUCUGAAGUCUGCCAUUUGAAAUUAAAACAGCGUAUUCCAUUCGCUGAAAUAAAAAAUAAAAUGUUACUGCAGCCAAAUAUCAGCUUAGCGCCCACACUUACACAGCUCUAUCUCUUGCAUUUAAAAAAAUAUAUAUUUUUAGAACACAGCUUAUUUUCUUGUUCGUUUUUUGAACUGUUUUAUUUCUAAACUUAGAGCACCAGAAAGGUGCGAUCUCUGGCUGUAACUACUGUUACUUUUCUAGGCCUCCGCAUGUUCCGUGGCUAUGGGUUUGUGCAAUAUGAACGGGAAGAAGAUGCAAAAGCAGCUGUGCAGGGGGAGAAGGGUCGCACGUAUAAAGGGCAUAGAUUAGGUAAGGCAAAGCGUUAAAUAGUUCUGAAAAUUGUCAGCCUGAUGUGUGGAUCCCAAUGCGUUUAGCAAAGACUUAUCCUUGUGGAGUUCUAGUGGCUUUCCUGUCGGAUUUUGUGCAAUUUUAUGCAUUUUAAUUGGGUAUAUUGGGAGAUGACAUUUUAUCACACCAUGUUCCUCUAGUGAUGACACGGAAGGGUGAAAGCUCUGUUAUGUAGCUAUGUCAACAUAUAGGAUCCCUGUGGUGAUAGUCCAUUUUGUAGUGCUUCUGGGAAAUAUGUGAAUUUUCGUUUGGUAUGUUUCCAAUGCUGAGGCAUGCAGUGCUCCUCUGCCUCAGAUGAACAACAUAUACUGAUUCGGAAAUGGUGCAAACCCUGCUUCCUUUUCAUUUUACAUGAACUGUUUUGUAUGAAGCAAACACAAGCUUAGUGUAAGUAUAACGUCUGUGGACCAUAAAGCUUAAUAAACUGGUUGUGGGUGGAGUUUAUCUUCAGUAGAUUUCACCAUAAUAAAAACAGUUACACGACACUCAAAGCCAGCCUUUUCAACUACUGGCAUCAUACUGAGUCAAUAAAACUUUCUUUCAUUGGCACUGGGUGCUUCACUAGAAUCAAGAGUAAUUGAACCCAAAGUGGAUACGGUUUGUUUUGUGUGUUCCUUUUGUGUCUAUAUUCAGAUGCCUUCUCUUUUCCAUCUCCCACUCAUUUGAUGUACAUUUAAAUACCUGGCAUCUUUCUGUGCAAGAAGAUUGGUCGUGUGUUCCCUACCCCCAGUAUUCUUCGAUUUUUGGGGGGGAAAUGCCAAUAGAGCCUUGACAAUAUUUCUGGCAUUCCAUGAGGUGGAAUUUGUUCACAGUGUGGGCCAGCUCUCUUCCUCCAUUAUAUGUGCCAUUCAUUAUUCACCAUUUGCUUAGGUGGGACAAUUGACACUUCUUCCACUUUUGGUAUGCAUUAUAAAGAUAUAGACACACACACCCUGCCCAAUAUUGUGUAGGUCCCCCUCGUGCUGCUAAAACAGUUCUGAUGUUUCCAGACAUGGACUCCACAAGACCUCUGAACAUGUCCUGUAAUAUCGCAUAGAAGGACAUUAGCAGCAGAUCCUUUAAUGUGCUGCAAGGUGGGGCCUCCAUGUAUUGGAUUUGUUGUCCCUGAACAUCUCUCAAAUGCUCAAUCGUAUUGAGAUCUUGAAUUUGGAGGCCAAGGCAACACCUUGAACUAUUUGUCAUGUUCCUCAAAUCAUUCCUGAACAAUUUUUGCAGUGUAGCAGGGUGCAUUAUCCUGCUUAAAGAGGCUACUGCCAUCUGGAAAUACUAUGCCAUGAAGGGGUGUACAUGGUCUGCCACAAUCUCUAGGUAGGUGGUACGUGUUAAAGUAACAUCCACUUGUAUUCCAGGACCCAAGGCUUCCCAGCAAAACAUCGCCCAGAGCAUAACACUGCCUCCGCCGGCCUGCAUUCUUCCUUUAGUGCAUCCCACUGCCAUAUCUCCCCCCAAGUAAACAAUGCACACCCACCCAGCUGUCAUCCUGAUCUAAAUGAAAGCAUGAUUCAUCAGAUCAGGCAACCUUCUUACAUUGCUACAUGGUCCAGUUCUGACGUUCACAUCUGAAGUGCUUUCGGUUGUUGCAGUGGUCACAAUUGCCAUUCUAACUGGUUGAAGACUAUGCAGCAGACUACGAUAUCCUGUGUGUUCUGACACCUUUCAAUCAUUGCCAGCAUUACGUUGAUCAGCAAUUUGAGCUACAUUAGCUGUUCUGUGGGAUCAGACGGACUAGCCUUUGCUCCCCAUGUACAUCAAUGAGACGUUGGCACCCAUGACCCUGAUGUCGGUUCACUGGUUGUUCUUCCAUUAACCAUUUUUGUUAGGCACUAGCCAUUGCAUGCUGGGAGCACCCCAUAAGUCUUGACAUUCUGGCAAUGCACUGACGCUUUCAUUUAGCCAUCACUAUUUUGCCUUGUCAGAUCUUUUCACUUGCCCAUUUUUUCUGUUUCGGAUACAUUGAAUUCAAUAACACUGUUCACUCUCUGCGUAACAGAUCUCACCCCAUGACAAGUACCAUUAUGAUAAUAAAUCAAUGUUAUCCCUUUAAGGACACAGCUUACUUUAAUAAAAGGCCCGAAUGGUGUAAAAUUUAAGUCAUGUGUUUUUAAGGCGUCAUUCACUUCACCUGUCAGUAGUCUUCAUGUUGUGGCUGAGCGAUGUUUAUAUAGGUAUUUAGACAUUUGUAGAUAUCAUGGUGUAUAUAUGAUUCUACAAAGCUACCAGUGAGUUAUAGUGUGACUUUAAAAAGCAGUUGUCCACUUAGCAGUUUGCAUGUCAGAGGAAGUAAAACAAACUAGGUUAGGAAAUGUUAUAUUGACAUUUUUGUCAGGGAGCAGUAGUGCUAAUUGGAUCCAAAAAUAUUUAUUUCAAUGAGAGGUGGUGAUCAAAGUAACAAAACACAAUCUAGAAAUAGUGUGCUAUGCCAGCCGAAGAAAUAAAUAUGUGAAGGGUGAGAUGUCUGAAGUGGAGACCCUGACUUAGGUUGGAAAUAUAAAAAUGUCAAGAAAAGAAUGCUCUGUGAUCCAAAACGGCACGUUACAUUCAAGACAAAAUCUCCAGUUUCAGGUACUGAGGAAUGCCAUCACUGCUUAUAUCUUUAUAUAAUGAACGUGCAGACAAAAGUAAAUUUACACUUUACGUUAAUUAGGUUUUAAUUCUUGCAAACACGAUUUCACAAUGUUUAAAGUGGAAAUUCCUAAUUUAUUGUUUACAUACUUAAAGUGAAACUUAAAGGAGAACUAUCUAAAGUGAAAAUUAAAGGAGUCUUGAAGGUAAAAAGUGAUUUUAAAUACAUUUUCUCACGCACAGUUAUCACUGCGGCUGGCUCCGCCUUCGUGACUGAGAUGAUCAGUCUUGAUGCUAAUUCAAUGCUUUACCAUACGAAAGCAUUGGGAGGCUAUUGCACAUGUGAAUCAAAACAUUGCACUGUUUCUCAGAGAUCCAUUGACUCAACAUUUAAAAUAGACUAGGCACAACAAGGGCACACAGUGCACAUGAGGAAAACCAAAACAUUGUUUCAAUAUCUCCUCUUCCACUAUGUUCAAUAGCAGAAAUGGGUAAUAUUUAUAAUUGUCAUCGACAGGGAGCCAAAAUGGAGAUGCAAUGUUCCUGGAAAGGUGUUUGUGUUUCUCUGUUUUAUUUUUCAAACUUUAAAAAAAAACAUGUUUUUGUAAACAUACAGGAUAAGAAAACAGAUUAUUGAAAAUACAGAAGUAACUGUUCCCCUUUAAGUGUCAUCUAAUUAUUGUGAUAUUGGUGCUGAAACAAUUUGAGAGAAACACAUUUAUUAAAAUACUCUGUUCUAAUACAUGUUAAAACAAUGGACCUGUACAUCAGCAGAACAACUUAACAAAACGCUUGGAUGAGGCAACGCUUUCUUGCAUUACUUAUGUAACUGCUUGUUUUACAUCAGGUAAAAUAAACUAUCAAUUUUGUUGAAAAAAAUUUAAUAAAUGAAAAUCUAAGGAAUUUUCCACUUUUGCUGUUACUAGUGGAUGGUUUUUUGUACAUUUCAGCAAUGUUGUCAAACGUUUAAUUAUACUAAAUUAUCUUAAAGGGACACUGUAAGCGCUAAAACAACUUUAGCUUAAAGGGACACUAUAAUCACCAGAACAAACUAUGACUUAAUGUAGUUGUUCUGGUGAGUAUAAACAGUCCCUGCAGGCUUUUUACAGUAUACACUGUCUUUUUUCAGAGAAAAGGGUAGUUUUUACAGCCUAGGGACACCUCCAGUGGCUACUCCUCAGAUUGCUACUAGAGGUGCUUCCUGGGAAAGCAUUGGAUUGGCUGAAAUCAUCAAUUCUAAAGAUGUCGGUCAAGGAGGUGGAUUGGGGAUGCAUGUUUUAUGUUCCUGACCCUAUAGUGUUCCUUGAAAGCUUUAUAUAAGCCUGUACAUCGGGAGAAGUCAAAGUAUGUAGGGCUCUACAAAAUGAAGCUAUUCUGUCACUUUAUUUCAAACACACAAGGCGGCGGUUUGAUUGAAUUUCAAUGUAAAGAUCUUCUUGAAAACCGAACUGGUUUUGUAAGUCCAGAUGGACUGCAGCGAGUUCAGAAAUAAACAUUGCUUCAUUAAGCGAAAGUUGUUUUGGUACUCAAAGUAUCUCUUUAAUAUUUGCAACAAGAUGAUGUAAUAUUUAUAAUUUGUUCUAUUAGUUCACCUUGCAAUAACUUCAUUAUCUAUCUCCAGUUUAAUAGGUUAAUCAGUCAUUUUGGAGAACAAUUUAAAUUCAAGGUGUAUGUUUCAUAAUUUUUAUUUGCAGAAUAACAAUGGAGUUAAGGUCAUUUUCUUGACUUUGUAUGUUUAACACUUUUGCUGUGUGUGUUAUCUCUGCAGACACAAGUUGGAUUAAUGAAAUAAAUUUACCAAAAAUGUAAAUAUUGCGUGAAUAUGCAGCGUCAUUCUGCAUAGCUAGUUCUGGUUUCCUGCGGAAUAACUUUUGAACUAUAAUAUCUUAAAAAUAAAUUUUUUAUUUUUUUUUCUCCAAAAGCAUUUUAUUGAAAAAAACCUAUUUUUAAAUAACCGUUUUAUAAAAAAAAAAAAAAAAAAAUCUAUCCGUCUCUGCUCUGUGGGGAAAACAUGAAAUAAGUGAAUAGGUGGAGUUCAGUAGUUUUCUGAUUACUUACAUUAAAAAAAAAAAACUGUGAAACUCCAUCCAUCAGCGAAAUUAAAAUGUGCAAACUUAGCAGUGAAAUGGAGAGUGUAUGCACACUGUAAAAUUUUACUAUCGCUAAAAUAAAAUAAACCAGAGAGGGACUAUGACCUUAAUGAGCAUUCUUUCUAUUUUUGUUUAUAGUAAUGUGGUUUGUUUGUUUUUGUCCCCGUCCCCUCCCCUUACUAUGGAACAAAACCUUUUGACUUGGGACAGUGAAUUUUCAAGAGCAGGGUCAUUCUUUCUAGUAAAGAAACUGUCUAGGUGCCAUAACUUCAUAGUGAUAAUGGUACCUUUGGGUUGCGGUUACAGUUCUUGGUCAAACCAGAUUCGGGUACUAGACCAAAACAUGGCCCAGAGCCACUUAUGGCCCAGGCCUCCGCUUGAUUCUUGCAUGUGUCCGUGUUUGCACAUGUCUAUUGUAAUGUAAAGGCAUUCAUUGGCUCAGUCUGUCAGGUAAACUCCUUAGUCAAAGAAUGGCUUUGUAAUCUAAAUCUUGCAAAGUCUAGCAAGGGGUUAGACCUUGAUUUCUUUGGGGCUGUCUCUGUUUUAGUCAAAAAGCUCAAACAGUUGGCUAAGAACUGUAGGUCAGCACCUGCAUCCUUAUUUUAGCAUAACCACUGUAUUGCAUGCAGUGAUUCGGUCUAGGCUAACUUUUAUUUUAUUUUUUCAUGCUUCAGUCGCAUUGUUCAUAUGUUUGCUGUAUUUGCAGUAUCAACACAAUAAAAUACUGCCAAACACACACACUGUGUGUUGGUUUGUUUUGUUAUUUUUUUGGAGGUGGAUUGGCAGAUUCUUCUCCUCUUCCACCUGUACAUUCUUCAGGCAUUCGCAUGGCGGGUGAAAUGUCAUGAAAAGGAUCCAUGUUUUUUUUUUUUUGUUUUGUUUAGUAUGUAUGUUAAUGUGUAAUAAAACUUUGUCUAAUGUCUGUUAUUAUUCAAAGGUUGUUUUGUUUUUGUUGCACAUAAAGAGCUUGAAUUUAGUAGACUCUAACCAUAAAAAAAAAAAAAUUAAAACAUUCUCACCAUAUGUGCCUUUUAGCUAUUUUUAUUUUGUUUGCGACAUGCGUCACUUUACUAUGGUAGUUACUUUGAGUUAAACUCUUCAUCAUUUGGAAGAAACGGUGUGCUUGGAAGAUCUGGCCUGGAAGUUGGUUUGGUCCUUUGACUGGAAACGUUGGGAAAAUAUGUGCUGUUGUAAUAAACAUCCCUUUUAUACCACUUUCCCUGGUUAGUGUUCUUAUUUUGCUUGUUUUACUUAACUGCAAUGUUCUUUGAUGUCUCACUUAUUUCAAAUAAUUGAACAGCUGGGUUAAUUGUGCUUUUCAGAUAUUAACAAGGCAGCGGAAGGAAGAAAUAUGAAUAAGGCUCCAUCCAGGUCCAGUCCGUCAAGAAGGUAAAGUAAUAGCCAGACAUUGAUGGCCCUGUGAAGGUAGGGCUUCCUGGAACACGUCUUCUCCAGAACUCAUACCUUCAAAAGUUAACUAGUUAGUCUAGCUGGAUUCCAUUCUAAAGCCUAAAAAGUAAAGAAUCUUGCUUGGAUCAUUUUAAAUUCGCGGUGAGAUACUGAAAAUCGCGUCGUCAUCGGAUUAAAUCUAAAAUUUGCGUUUUACCGUUGCGUUUCUCUGCACACAACUCAACUAAAAUGUAAAAAGACAAAUAGCUUUAAACGGCGUCUUGGAAUAUUUACCUCUUGAAAGUUAAAAAUUAGUGUGGGCUCACUUUAAGGAGUAAUUUCAACCAUUUCGAUAGUGCCUGAGGUACCAAUGCAGACUAUACAUCCCUAAUCACCUGUUAUUUCCAUGUUUGGAAAAAAAAAUCCUAUCCAGGUGCGUGCACACUGUAAAAUUUUCAUGGAUUAAAAUUUUAUUUCAUUUUUACUUCCCCAAAACUAAAAAUGCAUUGCCCGUUUUCUUGAACUGGUGAAAAAUGUGGGUGGGGAAUAGAAAAAUAGAUCAAUUUAUAAAGUAAUAUUUAAUUCCUGCGGGUUGGGUGUGUGUGGUUUUUAUUAUUUUUUUUAGUUUUAACAUUUUGAUAUUUAAAUGAUACAUCUUAACACACAAGCCAAAUAAUACACGGGUCAGUUUUGCAAUCUUCCCAGAGUCUAACAGCCUCCUGUAAAUUUUUUAUUUUUUACCUCAUUGCCUAUGUUGGCUUUUUUUUUUUUUCAAAGAAGCAGCAUUUUGUGAAUUAUUUUCCCAAUAACAGGUUUGUUUUUGCAAAUUAACGUCAACUGUUCUGUCUUGACUAGCUAAAAAUUAAAAAAAAAUCUAUCAAACACAAAAACUAUACAUCGCGCAUACGUUCGUAAAUAAAAUGUCUCCAAAAUUGCAUAAAGCAAUCAUGAGUUGGUGGGGAAAAAAUAAUUUAAAUGUAUUUUUAAACAAAAGCAUUAAAUGCUAGUCGGGAAUCGGUGUGUACAGAUGAACUACACGACAGUCUUAUAAUAUAGUGGAGGUAACAAAAACAAAGCCUAUAAGGAGCUUUUUGUUCCUUUCCGUUACCGCGUGUCUGAUUCGCGUUCCAUUUAUGCUCCUUUUUGUAUGAUGUAUGAAGAAUUCCAUUUGAUCUUCUGUGCUUUUUAAUGCUUUUAAUAUCCAAGCAUUGUGAAUUAAUUUCUUUAUAAGUUAAAGUACAAACCUGGUUAAGAUUACAUGGUCUGAAAUCUGUUAAAAACUUGUAUUUCGGCUUAAACUGUAGUAGGGAAUGGGAAAUGAAAAUAGGAACUCCCUUUUGGUGUGUUGUACUUCUUUUAAAAUAACAUUUUCUUAUUUAUUUUUUGGUGCCUCAGAGACUUGUAUACAUAUGGAGAAUCCCGCGACACGAAACGUGAGCGCUCCCCUUUGCGUGGGAGCCCCAGAAGAGAUGGCAGGGAUGGUAGAGACUCGCGUGCCAUUCGGGACACAAGGGAAUCGCGAGAUGGACGAGAGCCAAGAGAUACCAGAGAUGUGAGAGAUUCUAGAGAUAUGAGAGAUGCACGGGAUUCUCGGGAACCCAGAGAUAUGAGAGACACUAGAGAUGCACGUGACUCCAGAGAUUCUAGAGAAAUGCGUGAAGCAAGAGAAUUACGGGAUGCCAGGGCUGUCAGAGAUUCUCGAGACAUCAGGGAUCCUUUGUAUGACCGCUACAGAGAUGCAUUGUAUAGGUAUGUGGGGAAUAUUUCUGUCCUAGCUUCAUCCCUUUAUUCCUGACUUCUUCCCAUUAUUUCUGUUAAUGUGUUCCAUAUAUCUAUUUAUAUGCCUCUCUUAUAUCUUUGCUUGUAAUUUACCCACUACACUAUCACUGAAAAGAAAACAAAUGUUCUCUGUUUUGUUUUUCUGCAUGUGCCAGUAAUCUGUACAAAUUAGGGACAAUUACUAGCAGCCAGCCCUCAAUUUGUGUAGUUUGUAGAUCUGAAAUUUGCUCAAAGAGGUGACCAACUACUUUGGAGUAGGGAUCGACCGCCGAUAUUGUCGAAAAUGCCGAUUAUAUCGGUAUCUGCCAAUUCAGAUACCGAUAUUGCCGAUAAUACCUCCUAGGACCGCCAGGCUCAUUACAAGCCUGGGUGGAGCGGGCAUCAAGCGCUUACUCACCUCCCAGUAGCUCCCCAGUGCAACUCUCGCGAGACCCGCGGCCGUCAGAGCGUUGCCAUGGGUCACCAUGGCAACGCUCCGCGAGACUUGCACUGGGGAGCUGGAGGAGUUGCUGGGAGGUGAGUAAGCGCUUGAUGCGGUCGAUCCCUACUUUGGAGACCGCAAACUUUUAAUAGAGAAUUUCAGGAACGCAAACAUGUAUUCCUGACUCUAUAUUGUGAAAAAAAAAAAUCUAUCUAUAUUGUUUCCCUAAAUAUAGAAAAUCUUGCUUGUAUUAAAGUCUGCAGCUGCUGCCUCUGCCCCUGAUCUGCCUGUUUGGCUGACAUCAUCAGAGGUGAAUCUCUAAACCAAUCACAAUGCUUUCCCACAGGACUGUCUGAGACUGUCAAGGAGGCAGAUCAGGGUCAGAACCAGCACAAGCCCUGGCCAGUCAGCAUCUCAUCAUAGAGAUGCAAUGAAUCAAUGCAUCUCUAUGAGGAAAGUUCAGGUUGUCCAUGCAGAGGGUGGAGACAUUAGCAGUGCUGCUCACUGUGCAGCACUGCCCCAUGAAGCACCUCUAGCAGCCAUCUGAAGUGCCAAGUGGAGUUAUCCCUAAGCUGUAAUGUAAACACUGCAUUUUCUCUGAAAAGACAGUGUUUACUGCAAAAAGCCUCAAGGGAAUGGUUCUACUCACCAGAACAAAUACAAUAACCUGUAUUUGUUCUGGUGACUGUAGUGUUCCAUUGAUUGCCACAAUAUUAUAGACCCUAUUCUGAGAAGUAAGGUAGCUUUGUCAGUAUGUGUGGGGUCAUUACACUUUAUAAUACAAUCAUCUGGUGUAUGUAUGUAUAUAUAUAUAUAUAUAUAUAUAUAUAUAUAUAUAUAUAUAUAUAUAUAUAUAUAUAUAUAUAUAUAUAUAUAUUAGUGAGGGGAAUACCAUUAUUGUACUCCUAGUAUAGACCCUAUUGUAGCUGCUUGGAUUCCUAUAGUCUCCUCUCAAACUCUAUUCUGUGGGUAUCUAUUAGAUGGGAAAGGGUACAUUAUAUUGGUAGCAUCAAAUGAAAAUUUAGAUCUCUAAGCAUAAAACUGCAUUCAAGAGUUACCGUAACAGUAGGUUUUCUACCUUUUUAAACAGUCUUGACAACUUACAGCUUUGGCCCACCACAGACCCGUGGUAUCAUACUCUGCUUGGGGGAUUCUUCUGCAGGAGAUUAGUUAGCUCUGCCAAGCCAUUCUGAGCCUGCGCUUAUUGAUAGACAAUUGAUCCUGGUCCUGUAAUGGCUGUGUUUUCCUUAAUGUAACAAUGCAGUUUCUUCUGGCUGUGUAUAUGGACUUAGGUUAGUUGGCAGUUGGUAAAUAGUUCUCAAUUUAUACUGUGACACCAGGGCACACCUGGCACAAUGCUGUAAUGGUGGCUACAGUCCCCUGGUGCUGUCCUACUGUUAGGAGUUAAGCUACUUUUGAAUUUGGGCCCUACUUCAUAAUUAGUGAUAUGUCUUUAUUUUUGUUUAAAUAGUAUAUAUGUAUUUAAAGGUGGACAGAAUUUAUUGACUUACGGUCAAAGUGUGACAAAACUGAUAUUACUAUAGUUGUUUUGGAACUUCUGCUUUAGCAAUAUCUAUGGCGAGGUGCUAGACUGCAGAUACCAGGUGUGGGGAAGUGGGACCGUCUCUGGUGAUUCCGGGCACCACCAAUUUUGGGGUUAUUACAGUAUUGAAUGUGUUUGUUUGGCUUUGCUUUCUAUUUAAAAGGUGUUCUGUUUUCAGACGUGAUGAGCCACUUGAUAAAUACCGUCAAGAUGAACUUUAUCGCAAGAAGGAAGAUGCCUUUGAUCGGUUCAGAGAUCCUCUUGAUAGAUUUCCCAGAGAAGAAGGUUUGUACUUUGUGGCUGAUCACGCACAAAUGUAAUAUGUCUGACAGAGAUGUACUUUAAAGGACAACUGUUACCUCAAAGCUAUUUUCUAAUCUAUUAAUCCUUUCAUAAUGUUUUGAAAGGAAAGUUUUGUUUUUGUUGUUUUUUUUUGUUUUUUUUACAUUUAGUAUAAGUCCAGAUCGUUCAGUCAUGUACACACACUUUGGGUCAGAUAGUGCUUAAAAACCAACAGUCUCUAAAGUCCUCUAUGCUUUACUCUCUGCAGAGUAGAACAUAGAGAUUAACUGUCUGACCCAAGGUGCACAUAUAUGGCUGAAGGAUUCUGUCGUAUACUAAUGGCUGGGGUGAGGGUUUAUUUUUUAUUUUUUAUUUUUUUUUAGCAAAUUCUAAAUUAAACUGAUUUUAAAACUUGAUAAAAUUAUUAUUCUAUUAAAAAAUAGUUUAGAGGUGAUAUCCUUUAAGAAAUAUGAGCAAUAGUUUCCUGUUAGAUUGGGUCACUUAGAUUCGUCCCUAGGCCAGAGAUGUCCACCUUCAGCUUUCCAUCAAAGAUUGAACCACAAAUCCUAGAAUUUUUGCAAACCACUUGAUUAGAGCAUUCCGCUAUGGACACGGUGUUGCUUUUUAUCUAGUGUUGUUUUUGUGGGUUCUUACUAGAUCGUUUGAAACGUGAGGACCGUCGGCGCGAGGAAUUAUACAGGCAGUACUUUGAUGAAAUACAAAGGAGAGUUGACUCUGAACGACCUGUGGAUUGCUCUGUAAUUGUAGUUAACAAACAGUCGAAGUAAGUACAUUUUGAUUUUGGGAGGUUUUUAAUUUUUUUUUUUUUUCGUUCAAACCUGUUGUCUAUUGAGCAUAGUGUACUUCAUAUGGACAAAGUAAGUAAUGUUUUAAUUUGCACCAAUUUUCUACCAGGGAGUAUGCAGAGUCUGUUGGGCGGAAAGUACGUGACCUGGGUAUGAUGGUAGACUUGAUCUUUCUGAAUACUGAAGUGUCUCUGACCCAGGCUUUGGAAGAUGUUACGAGAGGUGGUUCUCCCUUUGCAAUUGUGAUAACUCAGCAGCAUCAAGUGCAUCGCUCUUGCACAGUUAACAUCUUAUUUGGCACACCUCAAGGUAUGGACUGUUGUAACAUAAUUAAAAACACUUCCAACUUCUGUAGGAAAAAGAUGUUAAAACCAGGGUGUUAGGCAGUUGACCGACAUUGUCUCUUUGGGGUUCUGUGGAAAGAAAUGCUUGCAGGAGCUGCAGACAUGCUGUCUGGAGCCUUUGCAAGCCCUAUCCUCUUCCCCUGCACAGACAGAGAAGUACCUUUGCAGGAACUGCUCAUUGAGAAGUGUGAAACACAGGAGCGCUGUAGUCCAGCGCUCCUGACACUUCUGCUUGCGUUGUGGAGUUAACAGAAGCAAACCUCUCUGACAGCCAGGGAGGCAUUCUGCCCCCAGUUAGGAAAACGCUUAUUUCUGUUGAAUUUGAGGUUUUGUUGGGUUUUUUUUUUGGUGGGGAAGCAGGGUGGUUUACAUUUUCUCCAUGCUCCAAACUGGAGGCAGCCAUGUCAUGUCCAUGCAAUAAAGUACUUUUUUUUUUUUUUUAUAAUUGUUUUGUUUAUUUUACUAUUUUGUGUAAAAUGUAACAGUUGUUUUUUUUCCUAAACAUUAUCUUUGGAAAGAUGCCUGCAGUAUAAGGACUAUGAUAAAGUGCAUUUGUUUGUGCGUUCCCUGCUAUGCCAAUGAUGGUGGGGGUUUUUUUGUUUUUGUUUUUUAAUACACUACAUGGACAAAUGUAUUGGGACUCGCCUUAAUUAUUGAAUUAUUACAAGAAUCCAUAAAGCCUACAUUUACAAAAAUUCGUGGGGGGGAAGUGGGUUGUUCUAAUGAGCUCAGUGAAUUCAAGCAUGGCACUGAGAGAGGAAGUCACCUAUGUAAUAAGUCAGUUUGUGACUGACUUAUCCCUGCUAGAUAUUUCACUGUCAACUGUAAGUGGUGUUAUUGGAAAGUGGAAGAGUUUAGGGACAGCAGCAACUUGGCACAAAAUCUGUGCGGGAGCUUCGUGGAAUGGGUUUCCAUGGCCGAGCAGUUGCAUGCAAGCCUCACAUCACCACGUACAUUGCCGAUACUGUACUCUGAAACAGUGGAAACAUGGAGUGACGAAUCACGUGUCUGUCGGUCUUGCGAAUGCUACUAGAGCGUUGCUUGCCUGGGUUGUGCCAUCUGUAAAGUAAAGGUGGAGGAGCGAUAAUGGUAUGGGGCUAUUUUUCAGGGGUCCGGCUAGGCCCCUUACUACCAGUGAAGGUAAAUCUUCAUGCUUCAGAAUACCAAGGCAUUUUGGACUCUGUGCUUCUAACAUUGCGUAAACCGUUUGAGGAAGGCCCUUUUCUAUUCCAGCAUGACUGUGCACAAAGCAAGGCCCAGAAAGACAUGGUUGGAUGAGUUUGGUUUGGAAGAACUCGACUGGCUGGCACAGAGCCCUCACCUCAACCUUAUCAAACACCUUUGGGAUGAACUGGAACGGAGGUUGCGAGCCAGGCUUUCUCGUCCAACAUCAAUGCCUGAACUCUCAAUUGAUCUACUGGAUGAUUGGGCAAAAUUUGCCACAACACUCCAAAAUAUUGUGGGAAGCCUUCCCAGAAGAGUGGAAGGUGUUCUAGCAGCAAAGCGGGACCAACUACGUUUGUAAUGGUCUGGUGUUCUUAUACUUUUGUCUAUAUAGUGUAUAGGAGAUAUCCUUUAAUCUUGUUUUUUAGCUUGCUUUUCUUUGUAAGUUAAAAGCUUGAAAAUUGCCCUCCUUUUCUUUGUAAGUAAUUUGAAAUAUGAAGGGCAACUUACAUUUUUAUCAAUGUUUUAUAUAUUUAGCAACAUUGGAAUUCCUUUAUUGUGCAUUUUGUACAUAAUGACUUUUUACAUCUGUCCCUGCUUUCGGCCAUUGUUUAGCUCUCAUCAUGGAUGUUACCUCUAUUCAAAUCCUUCUAAUCUGUUACAGAUGGUUCAAUCAAUUCUCCUGCUCUUAAGAAUAACAAACCUAUCCAGUGUGCGAAUUUUUUUUUUUUGAUUUUUUUUUUUUUCUGUCCUAAUUCAUGUGUAACACUGUUUACAUUAGUUUUUGUGUAGUAAGAUUGUUAAAUUUAGCUAUGAUUGUUUUUUCUUUUAGAACAUCGAAACAUGCCACUGGCUGAUGCCAUGGUGCUUGUGGCUAGGAACCAUGAACGGUUUAAAUCUGAAGCUCGAGACAAAGAGAGGGAGGAUAUUGCACGUCAAGCAACAAAGAUGUCUACAGAUGCUCUUCUGAGAGAACGUGCGCCACCUAUGGAUGAAGGUUUGAGAGGAACUCAUCCUCCAACCAUACAGCCCUUGCUGGCACUGCUUGCAGAUAAUAGAUAUGUUACUCCAGAAGAGAUGGACAAGGUCAUCCUUUACCUGCGUGACCGCAAGGAUAGAUUGUUGUCUGCAGAUCCAUUGUCGUGUAAGUGAAAACUUAGUUUAUUCACUAAACAUUAAAUUAUUGGUAACUGAAAACAAUGUAAAAAUUCUCAUACUUGGCUGUCAUAAGUUUAACAGCUUGGUUUUCUUGAGUCUUUUGGUUUUUCUAUACUUGCUUUUCCUUUUGUGUUUAAAACAAGCAGUAACAUAUGUCACCAUUUUUACAGCCCAGCUCUCAAGGCCACAGAUGGGAUCAUCUCAAGUGACUUCCAUGGACAGUCAAUCUGGUCUCACAAAUAAUCAAGUCCUGCAGAUGAGUCAGCAGAUGAGUCAGCCAAUGAGUUCUGCUCCCCAAACACAACAGUCUUUAAGCAACCCUCAGCAGGAGCUUCAGGCAAAAAUACUCAGUCUUUUCAACAGCGGCUCUCAAGCUAACAUCAACCCAGUUGGCCCAGUAGGUGCUUCUGUAGCUGCUCCAAACCAGGGCUAUGGGAAUGUUGGCAAUUCUCAACCGCGUCCUGGGCAAAUGAAUACAUCACCUCUUGGCCAAAUGCAGAGAAAUCAGCCAGCCAUGAACCAGCAUCCUAAUGUCAUGGGUGUUGGGGUACCUAUAAGGAAUACCGUUCCUCGACCUGGCGGUCCUUUACCAUCACAAGCUGUUUACGGGCAACUCCAGAACCGUGCCCAGGUACCUGUUAAUAUUCAGGGCCAAAGGCCAGCUGGUUCUGCAGGUAUAAACUUUGAUAACCCUAGUGUCCAAAAGGCAUUGGAUACACUGAUCCAGAGUGGUCCUGCUCUGUCUCACCUAGUGAAUCAGACCGCAGGCCAAGGAGGACGUGGUGGGCUUCCACCUCAGCCUUCAAUGGGAUCUUAUCAGCGUCACUAUUAGUGCAAUGUGAUAGAUCUAACCACUGCAUUGUCCACCUCAAGAUCCAUGUUUUGUUUUUGUUUUGUUUUUCCACAAAGCUUCUCCAGGAUGUGCUUAUAGAGAAAUGGGACUUUUAGUUAGUAACUGAACGUUAAUAUUUUGACCAACUCUUGUGCAAUGAAGCACAUUUUUUUUUAUUUUUUUAACCCUUUCCUUGGCUAUGGAGAGCACUGCAUGUGUGUAACUUUUUUGUGCAAAGGUUUACUAGUUUAAGCAUUUUCUUGUACAUUUAAUUCUUACAUCAAAAUGUGUUCUGCAGCAAAUUUUUAAAUAAACCUUUAAAUGCUAUUUUGUGUCUUCUUUUUUUUUUCUUAAAUAUAGAAUAUAAACUGCUGACAAAUUCGGGGUGGAUCAUGUGUUAAAUAUGCCUGCUGCUGGUCUCUCUGCUUUCAAGUGUAGCGGGGUGGUGUUAAUUGCAACCAGUUAGAAUCAGAUCACGUGUAAUUUCUAGGUGCUUGAGACUCUGCUCAAAAUUAUCUUUGUUCUUAUUCUUCUGGUUUGCUGCCCUGCACAGGUGCUUUCAUCUUUCUCAACCCUGACCAUAACCCUAAAAAUGUGCUUCAAUGUACCGAAGUUGGAAGGCAACUCCUUUCUGAAGUAGAAAAAAAUAUAAUUCAAGCAUGUCUUUCAUUCAAAGGCUUGUCAGUGAACUUGAAGUCCACUUAGCCACUACCACACAGGCUGGAAAUGGAGAUAUUCACUAACCUGGAGCUGUCAUCUUACCAAUAAGUGGGGGUGGGUGGUAGAAGAUCCUGUUUGAUACCAAUCGACUUCUAGUGUUGAGUUCCCACACUUUAUUCUACCUAAGGUAGUGAUUAGGUGCUAACUUUAACCAAAUUUUAUUUAAUGAGGAAAAUAUAAAAACUACAGUUGUGUUGGUACUAUCCUUUUGCAAUAGAACCUGCUGGAUGGCAACAACAGUGCUAGUAAAACCUUAAAACUAAUUGUAAUCAAAUAAUUAUUGACCAUGCCAAAAAAGCUGAAAAAAGUUUUGAGUAAGGAAAAUAUAGGAUUAAUUCUGGAUUUUCUGACAGAGGGAUACAGUGAGCAAUCCGGUUCCUUCCAUUCUUAAAAUGGUAAGGCGGUUCAUAAGAAUAAGGUUUAGCAGCAGACUUUAGGUACAUCAAAGCUACAGACCAGCACAUGGCAAAAAUAACUCUCCACUAACAAGCAUGACGGCCUACUCAUUUGAAUGCCACUCAACAGCCAUAGGACAUCAGGUGACCUACAAAAAGAAUGGCAAGUGGCAGCUGGGCUGAGCAUGGCAAGGACCGUUGAACACAGGCUCCUGGGAGCUGGGCUGAAGUUGUGCAAAGCUAGGAAAAGGAGGGAAGAACAACCAGGCUGUUUUGCAAAAAACCAUAAGAACUGUACCGCUGAGGACUGGAGUAAUGUCAUGAUCACAUUGAGUCCAAUUGUCAGCUUUGUCCAACACUUGGUCAUCUUAACGGUUACACAGAGAUCCGGAAAUGCCUAGAAGUUAGUGUCUCGCUCCCACUGUGAAAUUUGGUAAAAGAUUGGUGAUGUGGGAUGCUUCAGCAAAGCAGAAUCCUGGAGAAUUAAUCUUUGUGAACGAUGUGUGAAUAAAGUCAUGUACAAGAUAAUUAAAGAAUACCCGCUUCCUUCUGCUCUGACAAUGUUCCGCUAACUCUGAGGAUUGUUUUCACUCCACAGUAAUGUGAAAGACUAGUGGAGAGCAUGCCAAGACACAUGAAAGCUGUGAUUGAAAAUCAGGUUUAUUCCAUCAAAUCUUGUUUUCUGAACUCCUCCCUAUAUUUAUUGCUGGUAUUAAUAAAGCGCUAACAGAUUCCGCAGUGCUGUACAAUAUACACAGACAAAUACAAGAGGUAGAGAGAGCCCUGCCUGUAAGCUGAUAUCUAGCCAUUGGAGCUCUUUUAUACAAAGUGCUUAGCUAGAUGGCCUGUAAACGUACAAUCUAAAGGAUAUAAUGGGGAUUUGAGACAAGAGGUGUAGCAGGGCAAAUUUGGCUAAAAGUUAACAGAGAAGCAGCUAUUGGUAAAAUAUAAAGGGAAUAAAGAGGUAAUUGAAUGAGCAUCUCAAACAGCUGGAGGAGCAUGCUAUAUAUUUAGGGGGAACCUGGAUGGGUCAUUGGGAAGUGGUGAGAAAAAACAAAUGCAGAGCUUCACUGAGUUUGUGUGAAGUGAGCCCUAAAGAACAGAUGGAGAUUGAACAGUUAUAAGAAGGUAUUUACAGCUAGGAUCCGCAUAGGUGAGAGGGGGUAGACUAGCCAUUUGUUGACUACAAUUGGAAAGUUUAGCAACCAAAUUUUAUCACCCAAAAUAUUAACUGUGUACGUGAAAUAUUGGUCAGAAACCUUAAAUGACAAUAAUACAAACUGCAUGCACAGAAAAUUAGUCGCAAGCAUCAGGUAACAAUUCUAUAGUAACACAUGGAUAUGGUAGCAAGGCAAGCAUGAAUGAGGGAGUAUCUUCCAAGAUUCAGUCAGUACCUGAGAGUGGUAGGAUUAUCUGCAGGAUGUUAAAUGCAGUACUUCAAUGAGUUUGAGUGAAUACUAAAGCAUUAAUAUUCUUUUAAAAAAAUGAAUAUGGUUUGCGUUAUUUGCUGUCUGAAAGCACUGCAUAUUUUUUUUUUCACUAAGUCACUUUCUGCAUGUAAAUGCUCAAAAUUUCAAUAUUCGGAUUUUGGAAUUUAAGAGAAAUGGCAGAAUACUGAAUAAGCUACAAAUUUUCAUUUUAAUUACCUAUAAGUAGUAAAACCAGAGAAAUUGAUUUUGCCCCCUUUUAUGUGCUUGUCAAUGACAAAAAUAGCAUAAUGUAUACCGAUAAUUCUGCAAUGUAUUGACAUGCCAUAUCAGUUAAAGUGUACAUAAGAAUCAGCACAUUUCAUUAUAUUUAAAAAAAAAAAAAAAAGGCUGGGGGGGGCAAUUUGAGUGGAACAUUUGUUUAGCAGGCUUUGUGCACUGCAAGUAACUGCUAUAUUAGUGUGGCCACACAAAACAAGGUAUAAAAAGAUCCAGAUAUAGCAAAAAAAAAUCAGACAAACAUAGUACUCACAAAUGCAGCAAAGCAUCUCAUUGCUGCUCAAACAGUGACAAUCCACAGUACAGAUCAAACAAAUAGAGGCUGCGCAAAAUGUUGCUAUAUGCACAAAGUGCUACCAAAAUUUAUUGGAGGACAGAAUAAUAAACAGAUGUUUCGGGUACAACCCUUUUUCAAUGCCCCAUGUCCCUCAACCCCAUAUGAUACUCACCCUUUAAAUACAGAAAAUAUAAUAAACACAAAAAUAAUGCUUAGAAUAAGAAAUAAAAUACAAAAGGCAUAUUGAGGAAUCAAAACAAAAUUAAGGUGAAAAACAUCAUAGUAUAACUAUAUAUUUUAAUCUGUAUAUAUACUACUAUGUUUGUUUUCACGUUAAUUUUGUUUUGGAUUCCUCCAUAUGCCUUUUUUAUUCUUAGCAUUAUUUUGUGCUUCUUAUUGCAUUAGACUUUUUUUUUUAUUUUGUUUGGGAUUUUUGCUUGCCUAUCUAUGCAUAUUUUCAUGUUAUAUUUGCUCUUAUCUCUGGUGUAUAGAUCUCGAUCACUGGCUGAUUUCCUUUACAGCCAGGAGACCUGGCUACAGCAUUUCCUGAUAUGUUUUGUUUACUGUUGCCUAGCAACAUGGCAUGCUGGGAAAUCCGGCAAGAUGGCGGCCGGACCCAGGAGGACUCCUACUCAGCACUGAUUACAGAGGGGGGUGGCUGUGGAUGUUUGUUUAUUGUAUUUUCUGUAUUUAAAGGGUGAGUGUAUCAUACGGGGUUGAGGGACAUGGUGCAUUGAAACGUCUGUUUAUUCUGUCCUCCAAUAAAUUUUGGUAGCACUUUGUGCACAUAGCAACAUUUUGCGCAGCCUCUAUUUGUUUAAGUGCUAUAUUAUUAUUAUGAUAUUUAUAUAGCGUCAUCAAAUUCCACUGUAGAGACUGACAGAAGGGUGAGGCAUUUGCUGUCUGAAAGCACUGCAUAUUUUUUUUUAUUUUGACUAAGUCACUUUCUGCAUGUAAAUGCUCAAAAUUACAAUAUUUGUAUUUUGGAAUUUAAGAGAAAUGGCAGUUUAUUGAAUAAGAUACACAUUUUCAUUUUAAUUACCUAUAAGUUGUAAAACCAGAGAAAUUGAUUUGCGGGCGGACAGGAAGAUAAGCCUUGCUGCCGCAUUCAUAGACUGCAACAGCGCAAGUUGGGAUUACGUAAGACCACUGAGAAGCGGAUUACAGUAGUCAAGGCGAGAAAGGACAGUGGAAUGGGCAGAUGCGCACAAUGUUUUUGAGAUGGAAAUGACCGGAUUUGGCGAUAGAUUGAACAUGAGGCUUGCAGGAGAGGUUGGAGUCAGAGUCUGCGUGGUGGAGCUGAUGAUAGCACCGUUGACUUGGAGGGAGACUGACACAGGAGUAACAACACUUGAGGGAGGAAAGACCAGAAUUUCAGUUUUGGUCAAGUUUAGUUUAAGGAAGUGGGCAGCCAUCCAGUUAGAAAUAGCACAGAGGCAGUCAGAGACACUAGUCAAGAGGGACGAGGAGAGAUCAGGAAAGGACAGAUAGAUUUGUGUGUCAUCUGCAUAGAAAUGAUAUUGGAAGCCAAAGGAGCUAAUGAGUUUACCAAGGGAGGCAGUAUAGAUGGAGAACAGUAAGGGACCAAGGACUGAACCUUGGGGGACACCAACAGAUAGGAGUUAGGGAGAAGCAGAGCCAGAGAAAGAAACACUGAAAGAGCACUGGGAGAGGUAGGAGGAGAUAUUGCGAAGGAAGAGAAGAAGCUGUUGAUGAUCAACAGUGUCAAAGCCGCAGACAAGUCAAGGAGAAUUAGGAUAGUAAUGACCAUGAGAUUUUGCAGCGAGUAGAUCAUUGGAUACUUUGGUCAGUGCCGUUUCCACAGAGUGCUUAGCGCGGAAACCAGACUGAAGCGGGUCUAGCAGAGAGUUGGACUCAAGGAAGUCUGUCAAGCUUGCAUACACAAUUCUUUCAAGGAUCUUGGAUUACAAAAGGCAAUAGCGAGAUAGGACGAUAGUUGGAUGGGAGUUAGGGUCAAGAUUGGGCUUCUUUAGUAUUGCGGUUACAGUUGCAUGUUUGAAGGGCGAUGGAAAUAUACCAGAGGAGAGAGAGAGAUUGAGAAUUUUAGUGAGAGGUGGAGAUAGAGAACAAGACAGAGUACGGAUGAGAUGCAAGGGAAUUGGAUCUAGGGAGCAGGUGGUGGGGUGGGAGGACUGGAGCAGAGCAGAAACCUCUUCCAAUGUAGUGGGUGCGAAUGAACAUAGAAAAGCAGAGGGAGUGAAGUUAGGGGAAGUAUUGUAAGGGGAACAAGAAAGAUGAGAGAUCUCUUCUCUCUAUAGAGUAAAUAAUAGCGAACUUAAGAAUUUCAGACAGCUUAGCAACAAGUAAGAACUCACAGGUUCCCCCUCCCCUCAACAGGCUAUAUUUGAAAACAUUACAAAAUAUAUGAAAAGAAACAAGAUAACUACAGGGGCGUGAUGUCAAAGAUAGGCAGACCAUGGUUUAGUUGUGAAAUCAGCUUGCAAUGGCCGAAUGUAGACCCACCACAGGAGGUCUGAUAACCCACUCAAGUAGUGGUGUGUGAUUGUUGUGUGGCAAUCAGGCAAGUCUGUGUGAUCAGCAGGAGGUCCCUUGGUGGUCCCAAAGCCCAGCAUGGUGUGCGAUACAUCUCCACUUCAUGUACUGCCAGCUUCACAAUGCGUCUAUCUGCUUCUACAUGUCAUUUGGGCCCCGGCGUGAUACUGACUGCUCUCCCUUUGCCCAGUGACUGUCUGCGGACUCGUAGCAGUUGUCAGGUCCUUUGCUACAGCGGGUCGUUGGUGUCUCUUCAGCCUUGCCCAAAUGACUCGAAUAGACCAUCUAAGCGGUGCACAGUAUCAUACCUCUGUAGUCAUGUGGCACCCGCCAUCUUGAGUACUUGUAUUGCAGGUAUGUUGUGCACCCUAAGAGUAACAAGGAAGCCUCCUGAAAGUAGACUGGGAUCACCCACACCGGUCCAAAGGGGGGCAAGAGGGGGGAACAAUCGGCUGCAUCUCCACUUUCCAGGGCAGUUGGAGUCAGCGAUAGGAGCAUAAUCUGCCAGGAUAGCUAUUCACAGUUUGUGUGCAGUAGCUCAUACAAUAUGCGCCUGUCCGGCAUGGAAGACCCGUGAUAAUUUUGCACUCUUAAGUUUAUUCAGAACUGUUGUGUGUGUAUAUUUAUUUAGUUUAACAUAACUUCCUAGAGAACCCAUAUUUUAUGUUUUCAAUAUUUGUUGAAAUGGUUAGGUAAUACAGAACAAUACAAAGCGGUAUAAAGGCCAGUCACUGUGUCGGUAUUGUCAACCAUGUUACAGAUAUCAUUACAUAGUAGGGUGUUUUUCGGUCAUCACCCACAAAAACACCCCUCAUAGUGUAUACAUCUGCAAUUAAUGGCCCUUUACGCCAGCCAAGGACCAUUCCACUAUAUUAACUUGAUUAGUACACUGUAAAACAACAUAGAUAUUAAAGUACGUCAAUAUAAUUAUAUCGGAAAGGGAGAGCUCAUGUGAAAUGGAAUGAGGAGGGUAGGUUAGCUAGUACAGUGACAGUUAAAGUAAAUAAAAAUAAAAAAAGGUGCUAACAAGUGUCACUAAAUUUUUAAAUGACACAAUACUGUUAAAAAAAAAAGAAAAGUGCUUCCAUACAUUAAAUAUUGUAUAAGAAUACGUUAAAAUUGCUUCUCUUCUAAUCAUGGACACAAUAACAAAUUUAGGAGUCUUCUGGAGAAAAAAAUUGGCAUAUAGUAAGGUAUAUCAACGUUCCAGAUUUCGCAUAUGUUUGACGAUAUAGUAAACACACUAUAUGUUUAAGGCCGCAAGACCCGUAUUUGUGGGAGGAGUUAGCAUUCCUAUAUAAACGCUACUCCCCCCUUCCUACCUUGCCGUACGCACGCUGUUCACCUCGUCUCCGUGACAGCCGAACUUCCGGUCCACGUUCCCCGCGUCAUCCAUUCUCCCGCUCCUCCUUUCAUGCAAACGAAACAUACGAACACGAAGGUAAUUGGCAAAUAGUCGCGUUCGGGCUAUUUGCCGUUCGACAAUUACAAAUCAUAUUGUACUUUUUUUCCCUCUUCUUGUUCACACGAACAAAGCACUCAAACUAAUUAAACAGGCGAACGCAGUUACAAUAUGUUCUGCUUUAAUCAAUAUAUAAUAUGUAUUGUGUUAGUUAUCAUAUUCUUGCUAAGUUGCCCAGAGGUUUAUUAAGAAAUUUUUUAACUGUCUGUUUGUUUAUUUAAUCAAUGCCUGCCAUACAUAUAUAAUUAUUAUUAUUGUUAUUGCCAUUUAUAUAGCGCCAACAGAUUCCGUAGCGCUUUACAAUAUUAUAUAUAUAUACAUACAAUUAGCUCUGUUGGUCAAGUAUAAGGGUCAGUAAUUCAUAUAUAUACAGCAAUGCUUUGGAUUUUUAAAAUAAUACCAUAAGCUGAAGAUUCAGUUAUGCAUACCAUGAAACCCAUUACAUUUUCUAUUUAUUCAAUGCAACUUCAUUUGAUUUGCUUCCAAGUUUCCUGCAAUUGCUUUCUUUUACAGUUAUCAAUGCUUCCCAGCUGACAGCUCUAUUGUCUAUUUCCUUCGCCUAAGUUUGUGACAUAAUGCAAUUACUAUGUUGGCUGGAGAGCAUUCCCUUUUAAAUUUGCUUAACUUCACGUCCUGUUUUUCGGUUUGUUAAAGGUGUAUCUACAAUUGGUGCAUCCCAUAUAAUACUACUCAAUGUCUGACACUGCACUGUAUAUUGAUUGUUCAAAUAUAUUAUUUUUCGUUUCAUCUUAGUGUUAUUUUGCAUAGGAACAAUACUACCCAUAUCUCCUGGCACACAAGUUCUUUUCCUCCUUUUCUGCUACCUCAAUUAGAUUUCGCAAAGGCAUUUACUACAACCCAGUCAUUACUCCCAUAGGUUUUGUGCUUUUCAGGUACUAAUCUAUCCUAAUUCACAUCUCUAUUUACUGCCUGCAAGACCACGCAUCAUUAUAGUGUUAUGGGCAAAUGCAAAUAUUACAAGUUUUAGAAUGAAAUGUUGUAUUUCUUAAACUGUGUACUUUGUCUUUAAGAGAUAUUGCAAACUGACAAGGUGUUAGAAAUGGAACAUAUUGUUUUUCAUAACUGUUUCUUUAAGCAAUAACCUCAGUGCAUAAUAUGUUUGCGCCAUUUUGUCCCAGACGAAUUACAAUAACAAUAAUGCAUAAACAAGCUUCAAGGCUAUACUACGACUCUUGCAGUACACAAUAUACUGUGGUAACCCCAAGUUAAUGGAACUUCCCCAAAUCCGGGAAUCUCCCACGACUGUACACUUACGACUUAGUAUAAACAACAGAUAACCUAUUCAGACUUUAAGAUGCCAUCUUGAACUAAGUCAGGAAAAUUUCCAUGACGUAUGCACCCUUUAGUUAUAGCCUUGUAUGUUUGCCAAAUUAAGGGAGGUCCUAAAAUGAAUAAAGUAAAUGAACUACGGUAACCCUAAAAUGGAGACACCUAAGGUAUAAAUAGGUGUACUUUUAAAUGUUAAGAAACAGAGGAGAGACUUGGAGACAGAGGCUGCUCCAUCUUAAAAUGACAGAGAGGCUGACAUGAUGACAUGUUCAGAAGGGUAUGUUAACCUAUUGCAAGCAUGUAAUUUAAUCUUAUAAAUUCUGCUAUAAUGGAUUUUAUAUUUAUAUUUUUAUAUAAUAAAUAUCCAAAAAGACACUAUUGCUUCCAAGACAAUCCUUAUUUUAUAUUGUAUUCUCAAUUAUUUAUAUAUGUUAAAUAGAGGAUCUCUUACUAACUAUAUAAAAUUAUGGCUAAGAUAUCUGUAUGGUUAGCCCUACUAAGUUCUAUGCUUUAAGACAUUAUAGUGGUAAAUAAGGGAACCACAUGCGGUUACAAUAGGGGUUCUUAACAUAUAAGGGGCUUGAUUUCUCGCCUUGCCUCGUCAGGCCACGGCUCCACACUACUACUCGUCAUGCGGUACCAACAUCUCACUAUCUCGUUAUAACCAUCCUAGACUCCCUUAACUCCUUUUAUUUCUUCACCAUUGUCAUCCAUUAAAUCCCACCACGCUUUAGCACCAUAUCCUCAAGGAUAACCUGAUAGGGGAAUAAUUACUAUCAUUAGUCUCUUCAGCACACUCAGGACCUAUGAUUAUAAUUCUAUAGGCAAUAUCACGAAAUGCACUAAAUAGAUUACCUACUAUCGUCUACUAGUACAACCGACUGUGUUACCCUUCUACAUGUCAGCAUAAUCUAAUACUGUUUAGGGUUGUCUUUUCCUUUUUUAAACUGCACCUUGAUUUCCGGUCCAAAACAGCAUUCUAUCACCAGUCAAUUACUGGCUUGUUUUGUCUACAGGUUUCAAUCAGGUACAAAUACUUUUUGUUCAUUUACUGCCUCACCAAGGCCACAAAUUUACACGUUGGGGUAUUGUGGUACGGGGGCUUGAUUUCCUGCCUUGCCUCGACAGGCCACGGCUCUACUCGAUAACUUGCUAUACGUUUACUCAAACUCGCUAUCUAUGGACAGUCGUCCUGUUUCAUACAAGCCUCACUCUUAACACCCUCCUCUCCCCCAUGAUACUAUCAUUCUUUUCUUGGCAUGCCUUCCUGAAAAUAUUUAUAGAUGCUAUCCUGAGUUUCUUCAGUACCCUCAGGGUCUAUGGUUACUAUGCUAAUAUCCACAUCUCCAACAACUACACUGGGUUGCUCAUACUUUUCUCUCUCUUCUAUCCCACGUCCACAUUUCCUCCUCUUCUUCUUAUCUCUUUUUUUUUUUACCUCCCUGUAAUAUGAACCUCACGGUUCCUAUCAACCUCGACUCGGUUUGCUGAAUACGUUACGUUCCACCCUCAUCAAGCCCCCAUCUAGGGUUAGAGAACUGGCUGUUUAGGGUUAGGUUGCUGGCCUUAGUUGUACUACGGAUCUGGUCCCACAAGGCCAACUCCCCAAUAUCGGGUUCAUAGCUAGGGCCUCACCUGACAUGGCCACAGGUAUUUGGAUCUUUACUGUCAUAGAGGCCGCCACCACGCUAGUGGCACGAGCCCCACGCCCAAAUCAUAGGUAGAGCCUCUCACCAGCCGCUUGGCAACUAGCAGGGCCUCACCUGUCACGGGGUAGAGAGCUUUUCGCUUCGGCACUAGUUAGCCAGCCAGUUCUACGCUUAUUAAACUGUUUUGUUAUUAAUCAAUUCUUUGUUGUUGUGAUGUUUGUUUUUUUUAGCACAUCCCAAGAAGGUAAUAUGGGAGACGAACCAUUCCUCCCUUGUAUGACUACUGAACCGAACCCGGAGGAUUCUGUAUUGGGGAUCGGAUCACAAGGAGAAAUUUCUGCCAUAAUAGGAAGUCUAAACACCAUUCUGGCCAAUCUUCAGUCAUUCAACAAUAGACUCUCCGUCUUAGAGAACACCAGCCCGGCUCAUAUAGGCCCUUCACACACGCUCAUUCCCUCCACCUCACAGAGUUGCCCCCCCGCAUCACCUUUCACACCCCCUCACGGUCUGGGUAUUCACCCGCUUAUUUGCAAUGAUUUUAACCUGGGCAUAUGUAAGUCUGCCAACUGUGGGUUACUUCACAUAUGUGCUAUAUAUGCCUCGGGACUCAUGUCAAGACCAUCUGCCCAUACAUGUUGUAUCGAAGAUCAUGAGAUUUUUAACUUAACCUUGUCAGGAGUCACGUCCUUCCAGCACUUGAUGGUAUAUUCAUUACACGGGUUCUAUACCAGGUGGGGGUCACUCACACUGUGCAACCUAAAUGUCCUCAGCUAAUCACGUAUUAUUUAAUGUGCGCCACCGGAUAUACUAAUAAACAUCGCCUCAGCAUUAUUCUGUCUGCUCCGCUUUCAGUCGCAUCCUCUGCCUUAAAUAUAAUCACCCAAUUCUCUCGAUACUAUAUCACUAGGGAUUGUAGCAAUUAUGGGCAGGCGUAACUACUUGGCCUAGCAGCUAGCAGGACGGAAAUCUCCAACUCCUCCACGUGACCAUUCAUCCCUACAAACUAUUGGUUGGGGACUGCAGGUUAUGUGGCACUCAGUCUAUGGCAAUACCAGCCUUAGUCAAGCUUACCAAUAGCGGUAGCCGCAUUUACAUACAGAGCCCUAGUCAAGCAGGCUAGUUGAAGGUUAGGCCGACUGCAUGGCGGUCUGCAACAUAUUCAGUAUAAUCAUUCACCUUCUUAACCAUUGGGUAGAUGGUUCACAUACUGACGGAAACAGGGUUAGAAGGUCCUUCGGCAUGGCAGUCCGGGUCAGGUAGAGGGAGUCAAUAGAGCUCGGAAUUGGGUUUGUGAGUUCAUCCGCCUGAUUCCGACCAACUCCCAAUUUGUACAGUUAAACCACUAUCCUGGGUGGAAGCAUCCACAUAACUAUUAGGGAUUCCUGGUCAAGAGUCAAUUGGCCUAGUACCUCACCCAACUUACAACACCCGAUUCCUUGUCAUCACGGUUACUUUCCGCAUUUCAUAAUCUGCAUUUUAACGUCCUCAUUCGGUCACCCGGCUAUUGGGACUCGACAACAAGUGGUCACCUAUAGCGUUUUCAAUUGCACUAAGAAUACGUACAACAGAACGUGACAUUCUAACAAGACUCAGUGGAACACAACAUUCACAGGCACACCGUACAAUUGUAGUCUAUUCUGCUUUUUGCCACCUUUUAUUCAAACCUUCAUACAACACGGUCGCACUAUACCGAACUGACAUACAAUAACACAUUCUGACAAGCCUUUCAAACCAUACCCCGUCUUAUCAUAAGAUAUCAAAAGAUAAAUAAUUGGAUUAUCACUCUACAAUAACGUACAUCUACAGAUGGGAAUUCCGGGCAGUAUCAGACUCCGUAAACAGCAUUCGCACCACACAACCAGGUUUUAAAUCUAUGUGCCUGCAACCGUACAAGGGUUCGGGAACCCUACAAAUCCACGAUCACAACUAAUCAGACUGGAAAAUCAUGUCUCCUCAAGGAAGAUUUAAGAAGGUACAGACACUACCUCAUGUCACGCCAACAUUCAAACCAGACAAUCAAGACAUUUGACCUACUAAUCAUUCCCUAACUACUUCUAAAUACGGUUCUACAUUCAUACUACUGGCAUUAGAGUAAGUUGGGACCACUAGCUCCUAUUUAGCACAUCCUUUCAAUAAGCACGGCAUCCAGUAGCAGUACGCCGGUACACAUAAUUUUGCCCUCUUUUACAGGCCUACCCCCUACGUCGGUUCCGGCACACCACGCCAACUUAAUUCCAAUAACAAGGUAUUUCACAAUACGAUAUUAACCGACCACAAGUUUAAGGCCGUAAGGCCUGUAUUUGUGGGAGGAGUUAGCGUUCCUAUAUAAACGCUACUCCCCCCUUCCUACCUUGCCGUACGCACGCUGUUCACCCCACCCACCUCUCUUAUACAAUUCAUUCGGGGAGGCCCUCUUUUACAGGCCUAUCCCCUACAUCGGUUACGGCACACCACGCCGACUUAAUUCCAAUCACAAGGUAUUUCACAUUACGAUAUUAACCGACCACAAAUAUAUAUAUAUAUGGAACCAGUUGUAGCCUAAAAUAAAAUAGAGCUUAAUAUAGAGUAAUAUAAUCAAUUCAAUCAUACAGAACCAGAUAUAGUUGCACUCAGAAGAUUUUAGAUUUUUCAGCACAUAAAGGGUGCCUCUCCCUAAAUCUGGGGGACCAAUAUCCCUUCCGAAUACACCUUUCCACUUCCUGCUAUAUGGUGUAGUAAGAACCAGGAACUCCAGCAGGGUGAAUGUAGAAAAAAAUUAGUUUUUUUUAAAUAUUAAAAACAAAUUGAAGUCUAUUUGUUUUGUCCCAUUUGGGACUUCUUCAGGGAACAAUCUUAAAAAGUAUAUGCAAUACAAAUGGUUAUAUCCCACCCCACCGAGUCACACUCUAAAAUUGAUGCCUCUCUGACCCCAUUGGUCCUCCUGGGUGUGGGUGCUGCUCCUCCCACUUCAUCCUGAAUGGAUGAACUCCUUCACAGCUGAAUCCAACCAAAGGAGUUCCUUUGGAACAUGCACGCCAACUCCCACAUGAUUCAGAGUCUUCCGCACUUCUGGCAUUAUGUUUGUGGUACUCUACAGAAAUGUUCCAAACUGUGAAAUCUGAUGACUUGAGGGUACUAUUUUUUUCCGUCUAUUUCUUCAAAUUUUUAGUUCCGGAACAUUUCUAUAAUGGAACACCAGAACAUGGAAUGCUCCUAUACCAAAAGUCCUAUACCAAAAGUGCGGUAGACUCAGUCAUAUAGGAGUCAGCUCCUAUAUAGACUCAUACUCUAGAAGAACUCCUUUGAUCUGAUACCGCUGUAAGGGUAUCUAUCCAUUCAGGAUGAAGUGGGAGGACCCAUGGGACUCUGCAGGGCGGGAUAUGGCUAUUUGUAUUGUGUAUAUACUUUUUAUUAUUGGUUCUUGAAGAAUGGGAGAAAACGCGUAGGACCUCAAUUUGUUUUUAAAGGAACACUAUAGGGUGCCAUGUUCACUGUUUAGUAAGAUUUAGGUGAUAUUUGCAGUUGUGUCUAUCUCACUAAAAGUCACUAUAGUUUAUUUUUUGCUCUGUUAUAUUUCUUUAGUAAUUUGUAGGUACGCCUCUUCUUGGUCUCUCAGCUCAGCCGGUGACCUUCUCCUGUCCACUGCUCAUAUACUUACUGCUAACUUACGCCUGUCUACCCUCUUCAGACUCUCCUCUGGUUUUCAAUCAUUUAAGAAGUCCCUCAAAACUCAUCUCAGGACAUCUUCAGAACAGCUUAUGGCCUCUCAGCAUAACUUUUAUUUCACAAACCUGUCUAUUGCUCUGUCUUAGAGCCGCAUUCCAGUCCUACAUUUCAACCAUGUCACUUGAUUGCUAUCCCCCAUGUUCCCUUCCCAUUGUGUUCCUAUAUCUCCAUCUUCUCUAGAUUGUGAGCAGUGUCCUCAUCAACCUGUUAAUCAGGGGUCAAGUCCUGGGGAACAAAGUGAGGGAACUCACCCAAGAUUCCCGCUCCCCAACCCCUCCCCUAAAAAAAAUUACACUCCUAUGCAUAUAGUGCAGUGCAUGGUGUGUAUAAUAAAUGUAGUGUGUUUGUAGUGAGUGCACAGUGUGUAUAAUGAAUGUAGUGUGUUUGUAGUGGGUGCAGAGUGUGUAUAAUGAAUGUAGUGUGUUUGUAGUGAGUUCAGUGUGUUUGUAGUAAAUGCAGAGUGUGUAUAAUGAAUGUAGUGUGUUUGUAGUGGGUGCAGAGUGUGUAUAAUGAAUGUAGUGUGUUUGUAGUAAGUGCACAGUGUGUAUAAUGAAUGUAGUGUGUUUGUAGUGGGUGCAGAGUGUGUAUAAUGAAUGUAGUGUGUUUGUAGUGAGUGCAGUGUGUAUAACGAAUGUAGUGUGUUUGUAGUGAGUGCAGAGUGUGUAUAAUGAAUGCAGUGUGUUUGUAGUGAGUGCAGAGUGUGUAUAAUGAAUGCAGUGUGUGUAGUGAGUGCAGUGUGUAUAAUGAAUGUAGUGUGUUUGUAGUGAGUGCACAGUGUGUAUAGUGAAUGUAGUGUUUGUAGUGAGUGCAGAGUGUGUAUAAUGAAUGUAGUGUGUUUGUAGUGAGUGCAGAGUGUGUAUAAUGAAUGUAGUGAGUGCAGUGUGUGUAGCGAGUGCAGUGUGUAUAAUGAAUGUAGUGAGUGCACAGUGUGUAUAAUGAAUGUAGUGUGUUUGUAGUGAGUGCACAGUGUGUAUAGUGAAUGUAGUGUUUGUAGUGAGUGCAGAGUGUGUAUAGUGAAUGUAGUAUGUUUGUAGUAAGUGCAGAGUGUGUAUAGUGAAUGUAGUGUGAUUGUAGUGAGUGCAGAGUGUGUAUAGUGAAUGUAGUGUGUAGUGAGUGCAGUGUGUAUAAUGAAUGCAGAGUAUUUGUAGUGAGUGCAGAGUGUGUAUAAUGAAUGCAGUGUAUGUAGUGUGUUUGUAGUGAAUGCAGAGUGUGUAUAGUGAAUGUAGUGUAUAGUGGAUGUAGUGUGUAGUGAGUGCAGAGUGUGUAUAUUGAAUGCAGAGUGUGUAUAGUAAAUGUAGUGUGUUUGUGGUGAGUGCAGAGAGUGUAUAAUGAAUGCAGUGUGUGUGUAGUGACUGCAGAGUGUGUAUAGUGAAUGUAGUGUGUUUGUAGUGAGUGCACAGUGUGUAUAAUGAAUGUAGUGUGUUUGUAGUGAGUGCAGAGUGUGUAUAAUGAAUGUAGUUUGUAGUGAGUGCAGUGUGUAUAAUGAAUGCAGAGUAUUUGUAGUGAGUGCAGAGUGUGUAUAAUGAAUGCAGUGUAUGUAGUGUGUUUGUAGUGAAUGCAGAGUGUGUAUAGUGAAUGUAGUGUAUAGUGGAUGUAGUGUGUAGUGAGUGCAGAGUGUGUAUAUUGAAUGCAGAGUGUGUAUAUUGAAUGCAGAGUGUGUAUAGUGAGUGUGUUUGUAGUGAGUGCAGAUUGUGUAUAAUAAAUGUAGUGUGUGUGCUGGAUGAAGUGUGUGUGUGUGUGUGUGUGCUGGAUGAUGUGUGUGUGUGUGUGUGCGCUGGUGAUGUGUGUGUGUGUGUGUGCUGGAUGAUGUGUAUGUGUGUGUGCUGGAUGAUGUGUGUGUGUGUUGGAUAAUAUCUGUGAGUGCGCUGGAUGACGUGUGUGUGUGUGCGCAGUGGAUGAUGUGUGUGUGUGUGUGUACACUGGAUGGUGUGUGUGCGCACUGGAUGAUGUGUGUGUGUGUGUGUGUGUGUGUGUGUUACUGGAUGGAUGCAGUGUGUGUGUGUAACACUGGAUGUGUGUGUGUGUGCACUGGAUGAUGUGUGGUGUGUGUAAAGACUGGAUGGUGUAAAGGCUGGAUUGUGUGUGUGUGUGUGUGUGUGUUGGAUGUGUGUGUGCACUGGAUGAUAUGUGUGUGGUGUGUGUGUGUGCGCGACUGGAUGAUGUGUGUGUGUGUGUGUGUGUGUGCAACUGGAUGAUGUGUGUGUGUGUGUGUGUGUGCACUGGAUGAUAUGUGUGUGCUGGAUGAUGGGUGUGUGAGUGCUGGAUGAUGGGUGUGUGAGUGCUGGAUGAUGGGUGUGUGUGUGCUGGAUGAUGGGUGUGUGUGUGCUGGAUGAUGGGUGUGUGUGUGAGUGCUGGAUGAUGUGUGUGUGAGUGUUGGAUGAUGGGUGUGUGUGAGUGCUGGAUGAUGGGUGUGUGUGUGCUGGAUGAUGGGGGGGUGAAGCAUUUUUUUACUUUAUGUAUAUAUAUUUUUUUUUUAUUCCCCCCUCCCUGCUUCUUACCUUGUCAGGGAGGGGGAGAUCGCCUGGUGGUCCGGUGGAGGGAACCAGCCGCUGCACAGAGGGGCCAUCACACGCUGUGUUCCCUCUCCAGCUCUAACUCUCGCGAGACUCGCCUGUGCGGAGCGUUGCCAUGGUAACAGCCGCGGGUCUCGCGAGAGGUAUAGCUGGAGAGGGAACACAGCGUGUGCUGGCCCCUCUGUGCAGGUAGCAGGGCCGGUCCUGCAGGACAGGUAACGGGAACGGCGCCUCGUUUUGAAAAAAGUGCAGGAACGCCGUUCCCAUGCGUUCCUGCAGGACUCGAGCCCUGCUGUUAAUAGCAUUUUGUAAUCGUCUCAUUUAUUGUUACAUUUCCCCCUUUAUAAUAUUGUAAAGUGCUGCAAAAUAAGUUGGCGCUAUAUAAAUGACAUAUAUAUAUAUAUAUACACACACAUACAUACAUACAUACAUACAUACAUACAUACACACUCUCUCUCUUUCUCUCCCUCUUUAAAAGUCACUCAGAUCUUUCAAGAACUGACUGUUUAUUUGCUGCAUAAUAUAUCGCACCCCUUGAUAGGUGUCAUUUUUAACGAUAUAAUUAAUAUUAUUCACUUCACCUGUGGUGGUUUUAAUGCUUUGCUGAUUUGUGUAUAUAUGUAUAUGUAUGUAUGUAUAUAUAUAUAUAUAUAUAUAUAUAUAUAUAUAUUAUUAAGGAAGUGGGCGCUCAGAGAACUUCUUUAGCUUAUGUCCUUCCCCGUGACACCCCACCUCUGAGGGGCCCUAAAUACCAAUUAGGGGGGGACCUAAUGUCCUCCCCCUGGUCCCCACCCCUGAGCGGUGGGUGGGGGCCCUAAAUACCAAUAUGAGGGACCUAUUGUCCUCCCCCUGGCCCCCACCCCUGAGCGGCGGGUGAGGGCCCUAAAUAAAAAUAUAACCCCCCCCACCCAGGUGACUAGGGGUCCCCAAACCCCUAGUCACCUCCCCCCCAAAAAAAUUAACCCCUACCUACCCCCUCACCCUAAAAAUAAUGAGGGGGUGACCUUUAACUAAGUACCUGUAAAAAUAAAAUAGCACUUACCAUUUGAUGUUUUCUUGAUCUUCUUUUUUCAGCCCCCAAAAAAGGCGAAAUAAAAAUCCAUAAUAACCGACGCACUUAAAAAAAAAAUGAAAAAAAAGAACCAGAGUGCAAAAAAAAUAAUCCAUCUUCACCCAUGGAGGGCUCCACGCAGACUGAGCUCUGCAGGGCGGGGGAAGGCUUAUAAAGCCUUCCCCCGCCCUGCAAUUAGGCUCAGAGCACUCUGAUUGGUGGGUUUAAGCCAUCCAAUCAGAGUGCUCUGACAGGUAAAUGAAGAGACUGACAGACUGAAAUCCACCAAUCAGAGUGCUCUGUGUCAUUUUACACAGCGUGUGAAAGUUCUUUGGAAUUUUAAGUAACCAAUCAGAGUGUUAUGAGUCAAAUUACACAGCGUGGGAAAAUUCCAAAGAAGAAUGGUGGAUUUCGAGGCAACCAAUCAGAGUGCUGUGACAGGUAAAUGUAGAGACUUACCUGUCAGUCUCUUCAUUUACCAGUCAGAGAACUCUGAUUGGAUGAUUUAAACCCACCAAUCAGAGUGCUCUGAGCCUAAUUGCAGCUGAAAAAGGAAGAUUUUAGAAGAAAGAAAACAUCAAAUGGUAAGUUUAUUUUUAGUUUUACAGGUACUUAGUUUAAGGUCCCCCCUCCUUUUUUUUUUAGGUGAGGGGGGUAGGUAGGGGUUCAUUUUUGGGGGGAGGGGGUGACUAAGGAAUUGGGGACCCCUAGUCACCUGGGGGGGGUAAAUCUUUAUUUAGGGCGUGGGGGCCAGGGGGAGGACAAUAGGUUCCCCCUAAUUGGUAUUUAGGGCCCCCACACACCGCUCAGGGGGAGGACAUUAGGUCCCUCCCAAUUGGUAUUUAGGGCCCCCACCCACCACUCAGGGGUGGGGACCAGGGGGAGGACAAUAGGUCCCCCCUAAUUGGUAUUUUGGGCCUCCACACACCGCUCAGGGGGAGGACAUUAGGUCCCUCCCAAUUGGUAUUUAGGGCCCCCACCCACCACUCAGGGGUGGGGACCAGGGGGAGGACAUUAGGUUCCCCCCCCCCCUAAUUUUUAUUUAGGGCCCCCACCUGCCGCUCACCCUUAUUCUAAUUUAGGGCCCCUACCGCCGCUCAUGGGUGGGGGCCAGGGUGGGAAGACAAUAGGUCCCCCCCUUAUUGGUAUUUAGGGCCCCCACCCACCGCUAUGGGGUGGGGGAGGGGGGAGGACAAUAGGUCCCCCCCCAUUAUUUUACUUUAGGGCCCAGAUCCACCGCUCCGGGGGGGAGGACAAUAGGCCCCCCCCCCUUAUUCAAAUUUAGGGCCCCCACCCACCACUCAUGGGGAGGUCCCCUCCUUUAUUUUACUUUAUGGCCCCCACCUGCCGCUCAGGACUGUUUACUAGACAUGAAUUUACUAAUACUAAGUGAUCUUUACUUUGUAUUAGUAAAUUUGGCUGAAAUACCAAUUCAGGGCUUUCAGCCUUUUAGUAGAUAGCUCCCUAAUACCGUGGGAAUUAGGGAGUUAUCUACUUAUUCAUUCCUGUCAUUACAUUGACUGGCCAAGUAACUUACAUUUUAUAUGAAUGUAUGUUACUUGAUUGCUGUAAGUGUUGCAAAUGCUUACAGCUGAAUCCUGGCUAUGUUUGUAUACUUUUUAUUUAAAAUUGUAUACAGUGUAACAUUCUUCUUCUUCCACUGGGUAAGUAUAUUAGUACUUAGGCAAUACUGUACCCGAAUGUCCGAAUUGCCCAAAAUUAGUUCGCAUUCAGACCGAAACGAAUUGCAGAUGUCUAGUAACAGUGCCAAUUUUGUUGUAGCCAGCAUUUUAACGUUUCGUGAAUACUGUUGUGUCGGGACCCAGAGUAGGUCUGUUAUUGAAUGUGGUGCGCUUAUUGCUUGUUCUAAUACAUACCACUUGGGAAGGGGGGAGAUGUAGUGCAUACCCUGGCAAUCUGUGCCAGGAUAGAGGCCACAUAGUACUUUGCAACAUUUGGAACACUCAAGCGUCCCUCCUUCAUUGCAAUGCAGGUACUUGUCAGGAGACCCUUGGAGGUUUGCGUUUCCAUAUAUGUGUGUUUAGCGUCUGAAAUUUCAUUAGGACCACUUUAGGGAUCUCAAUCGGUAGGGUUUGAAAUAAAAACAACAUUUGUGGCAAAAAAAGCAUAUUCAGUGCAUUAAUACAUCAUAGCCACAAGGUCCUGGACCCACUCCAACCAGUGGAGUGGAUCCGCAACGGACACCAAGCCACCCUCCCCCCAGAGAAUACCGACGGUCUCCCUCUCCCUCCCCUGCACAUGCACAUGCAGGCACCAGCGGACCUAGCUGAUGGCACGGAAUAUAAAGACAAUAAUCCAUGCAGGAAGUUGCAUGGAAAGCAGUAUUUUUGUAGGAUCUCAAUCAUAUACCCCCAAUGGAGAUGGUCACAGGCCUUCUCUGCGUCUAACGCAAGAGCAAGGCCAGGCAUAUUAUUAAUCAUCAUUAAUUCAAAAAGAUUCAAUGCUCGAUGGGUGUUAUCCUCGACCUGUCGCCCUGUGACAAACCCUGCCUGUUCAGGAGAUGCAAGAGUAGAUGGAAGGGGUCUUAUUCUAUUGGCCAUAGCUUUGGCAAAUAGUUUUAUGUCAGCAUUUCAUAAUUAUAUCGGUCAAUAAUUUGCACAUAUUGUAGGUUUUUUUUCCGGUUUGGAAAGUGUGAUAAAGGUUGCCUGCAACAUUUCUAGAGGUAGAUAACCUGACUCCACAGUGUGGUUAAAAAGUGCGGUCAAGUGAGGUAUUAAAAGAUCAGAAAAUUUGGUGUAAUAGUAGGUGGGAAAACCGUCUCGUCCUGGCGUUUUAUGUUUCUGAGUAUUCUUCAAUAUCUGAGAAAUCUCAUCAGUCAUAAAGGACCUAUCUAGGCCUUCUCCUUGCUCACAAAACAGUGGAUGUAAUGCUACCCCAUCAAGGAAGUCAGAAGGAGAUGGGUUAGGAGCAGAUUAAAAGGAAUUAUUCAUCAUUAUACUUAUAUUCCACUCUCUAUCAUCCCAAAUUGGCUUUUUUUUCUUACAGGAUGAGGUAGACCAUCGUUUCCCAAUUGGUGUUUGGCGGAACCCUGGGGUUCCGCAGAACACCAAUUCAGGUUCCGCCAAAAGUUUCAAAAAUAAAAUGGCCGCGAGGGAGCAGCGAUCUCCCUCACGCGCACAGUAGUGCUGGAGACGGAAUAUGAUGUCACUCCGGCUCCGGCAUCACUAAGAGACACGCAAGGGAGCUGAGCAGGGAGAUCACUGCUCCCUCGCCGCUCAGCAGCCCCACUGGACCCCAGGAACUCCAUGCCAGCACUCCACUCCUAAAGGUAGGGGGGCUGGGUGGAGUAAAAUGUAAAAAAAAAAUUGUAUGUGUGUCUGUUAGGGAGUUUGUGUGUCUGUCAAAGAGUAUACGUGUGUUUGUCAGUGAGAGUGAAUGUGUGCUUGUCAGUGAGUGUGUGAGAGUGUAACCGCAGGUGGUUCCCUUAUUUACCACUAUAAUGUCUUAAAGCAUAGAACUUAGUAGGGCUAACCAUACAGAUAUCUUAGCCAUAAUUUUAUAUAGUUAGUAAGAGAUCCUCUAUUUAACAUAUAUAAAUAAUUGAGAAUACAAUAUAAAAUAAGGAUUGUCUUGGAAGCAAUAGUGUCUUUUUGGAUAUUAAUUAUAUAAAAAUAUAAAUAUAAAAUCCAUUAUAUCAGAAUUUAUAAGAUUAAAUUACAUGCUUGCAAUAGGUUAACAUACCCUUCUGAACAUGCCAUCAUGUCAGCCUCUCUGUCAUUUUAAGAUGGAGCAGCGUCUGUCUCCAAGUCUCUCCUCUGUUUCUUAACAUUUAAAAGUACACCUAUUUAUACCUUAGGUGUCUCCAUUUUAGGGUUACCGUAGUUCAUUUACUUUAUUCAUUUUAGGACCUCCCUUAAUUUGGCAAACAUACAAGGCCAUAACUAAAGGGUGCAUUCGUCAUGGAAAUUUUCCUGACUUAGUUCAAGAUGGCAUCUUAAAGUCUGAAUAGGUUAUCUGUUGUUUAUACUAAGUCAUAAGUGUACAGUCGUGGGAGAUUCCAGGAUUUGGGGAAGUUCCAUUAACUUGGGGUUACCACAGUAUAUUGUGUACUGCAAGUGUCAUAGUAUAGCCUUGAAGCUUGUUUAUGCAUUAUUGUUAUUGUAAUUCGUCUGGGACAAAAUGGCACAAACAUAUUAUGCACUGAGGUUAUUGCUUAAAGAAACAUCUAUGAAAAACAAUAUGUUCCAUUUCUAACACCUUGUCAAUUUGCAAUAUCUCUUAAAGACAAAGUACACAGUUUAAGAAAUACAACAUUUCAUUCUAAAACUUGUAAUAUUUGCAUUUGCCCAUAACAAGAGUAUAUGUGUUUGUCAGUGAGAGUGUAUAUGUGUUUGUAUGUGUGUCUGUCAAAGAGUAGGUGUGUUUGUCAGUGAGAGUGUAUGUGUGUCUGUCUGUCAAAGAGUAUGUGUGUCUGAGUGUGUCAGUGUGUGUGUGUGUAUCUGUGUGUCAAGGUUUGUGUGUGUCACUGUGUGUAUCUAAGUGGGUGUGUAUGUGCCAGUGUGUAUGUGCCAGUGUGUAUCUGUGGGUGUAUAUGUCACUAAGUGUGUGUAUUUUUGAGUCAAGAUGUGUAUGUAUCUGUGUCAAGGUGUUUCUCAGUGUGUAUCUGUGUGCCAGUGUGUCAGAUACAGAUACACACACUGGCGCAUACAAACACAGAUACACACACCGGCACAUACAAACAGAUACACACACACUAUGUCUGUGUGUAUUUGUGUGGCACUGCCAGUGUGUGUGUCAGAUUAAUGCACACUGGCACAUAUAAACACAGAUACACAGACACAUACAAACACAGAUACACACACGUUGACACACAGAUACAUACAUACACACACACACACACACAGAUACACACUAUGUGUCAAGGUGUGUGUAUCUGUGUGCCACUAUGUGCCAGUGUGUGUGUGUGUGUAUCUGUGUGUCAGAUAUACACACACUGGCACAUAAAAGCACAGAUAAACACGCCUUGACACACACAUGCACAUACAAAAAGACAGCGCAGCUUUAGGGGUGGGGGUCUGAAAGUUGGGUGCCCGGUGCUAGGCGGACAAGCUAAUUGCGUGUGAAGAGAGAGCGAGAGUAAAAAGUCAUGUGAAAGUCCUGCAAAAGACCUGCAUACCACGGGAGAGAGGAGAGGAGAAAAGGCGAGAGAUCUAUGUGCCCUGUGUGCCCCAGGAAGGUGUCGUUUAAAAAAAAACGUCAAAAGGCAUUCUGCCUGUUAAAUUUAUUUAUUUUUUUAAAAUCGAGGAGCCAGCAGUAAGUAUGAGUAGACGUGAGCAAAUAGUGGUGUACCCUGGAUAAUGAGACUGUGUGCAGUGAGGCAAGUGACCGUGCGUAGGGCGCUGUGUGAGGUGCAUCAAAUAAAGUGAGGCUGUUGAAAAGCCGGGCAAUACAUAAAGUACACAAAGUAAAAAAAAAAAGUCUCCAAGCCAACUCUUUUUUUCAGGCAGAAUAUAGCUAUAGAGAAGUAGCUCUGUGUCUAUUUCUGUUCCUGCUUCUCAGUUUGAGCUGGAAUUAAAAAAAAAAAAAAAUGGUUAAAAAAGCAUGAAAAGUUGCAAGAAAAAGUAUGUGCACCCUUUGGAAUGAUAUGGAUUUCUGAACAAAUUGGUCAUAAAAUGUGAUCUGAUCAUCAUCUAAGUCACAACAAUAGACAAUCACAGUCUGCUUAAACUAAUAACACACAAAGAAUGAAAUGUUGCCAUGUUUUUAUUGAACACACCAUGUAAACAUUCACAGUGCAGGUGGAAAAAGUAUGUGAACCCCUAGACUAAUGACAUCUCCAAGAGCUAAUUGGAGUGAGAUGUCAGCCAACUGGAGUCCAAUCAAUGAGAUGACAUUGGAGGUGUUGGUUACUGCUGCCCUGCCCUAUAAAAAACACACACCAGUUCUGGGUUUGCUUUUCACAAGAAGCAUUGCCUGAUGUGAAUGAUGCCUCACACAAAAGAGCUCUCAGAAGACCUACGAUAAAAAAUUGUUAACAUGCAUAAAGCUGGAAAGGGUUAUAAAAGUAUCUCCAAAAGCCUUGCUGAUCAUCAGUCCAUGGUAAGACAAAUUGUCUAUAAAUGGAUAAAGUGCAGCACUGCUACUACUCUCCCUAGGAGUGGCCGUCCUUUAAAGAUGACUACAAGAGCACAGCGCAGACUGCUCAAUGAGGUGAAGAAGAAUCCUAGAGUGUCAGCUAAAGACUUACAAAAGUCACUGGCAAAUGCUAACAUCCUUGUUAGCGAAUCUACAAUACGUAAAACACUAAACAAGAAUGGAUUUCAUGGGAGGAUAUCACAGAGGAAGCCACUGCUGUCCAAACAAAACAUUGCUGCACGUUUACAGUUUGCACAAGAGCACCCGGAUGUUCCACAGCAGUACUGGCAAAAUAUUCAGUGGACAGAUGAAACCAAAGUUAAGUUGUUUGGAAGAAACACACAACACUAUAUGUGGUGAAAAAAAGGAACAGCACACCAACAUCAAAACCUCAUCCCAACUGUGAUGUAUGGUGGUGGGGGCAUCAUGGUUUGGGGCUGCUUUGCUGCAUCAGGGCCUGGACGGAUUGCUAACAUCAAAGGAAAAAUGAAUUCCCAAGUUUAUCAAGACAUUUUGCAGGAGAACUUAAGGCCAUCUGUCUACCAGCUGAAGCUCAACAGAAGAUGGGUGUUGCAACAGGACAAUGAUCCAAAGCAUAGAAGUAAAUCAACAACAGAAUGGCUUAAACAGAAGAAAAUACGCCUUCUGAAGUGGCCCAGUCAGAGUCCUGACCUCAACCCGAUUGAGAUGCUGUGGCAUGACCUCAAGAAAGCGAUUCACACCAGACAUCCCAAGAAUAUUGCUGAACUGAAACAGUUCUGUAAAGAGGAAUGGUCAAGAAUUACUCCUGACCGUUGUGCACGUCUGAUCUGCAACUACAGGAAACGUUUGGUUGAAGUUAUUGCUGCCAAAGGAGGUUCAACCAGCUAUUAAAUCCAAGGGUUCACAUACUUUUUCCACCUGCACUGUGAAUGUUUACAUGGUGUGUUCAAUAAAAACAUGGCAACAUUUCAUUCUUUGUGUGUUAUUAGUUUAAGCAGACUGUGAUUGUCUAUUGUUGUGACUUAGAUGAUGAUCAGAUCACAUUUUAUGACCAAUUUGUGCAGAAAUCCAUAUCAUUCCAAAGAGUUCACAUACUUUUUCUUGCAACUGUAUUUACGUUAUUUAUUCCAUGUGCCACCGCUUGUCUGAUCUGUUUCAUGAGAGAUGUUGAGGGAGCCAGCCCCUUAUACUUCAUAAGCCAUAUGCACAGCCUAGUAGACUCACUAUUAAUGUAACUGCUGCUUAAUUGACAGAAUCGACCAAACCUGAUUACACUGUGAUCUUACUAUGAAUGUCAUUGAAGUCCUACUGACAUAACUGACUAAGCAUAUUUACUCUGUGACUCUACUAUUUCUGGUGACGCACUACUGACUUAACAAAAGUGAUGCAUGCAUACAGGUAUGGAGGCUUAACUGGUUGUCAAUAGACUAGAUUAUACACUGCUUAAGCUUAUUCAAAGUAUAAAUUUGCUUUAACAUAGUUAGUAUCAUCCUGGUGACACCAAUGGGUGCUGUGCCUUUAAUCUAAACACCUAAACAUUUCCAGUGCAUUAGAGCAUCCAGCUAACCUAACUACAGCUACCACUAGCACUGUGUUGCAGACUGAUAUGUCUAAUUACGUUACUCCUGCUAUAAUUUAAAAUAUGUGCAAUGUUUCUGAUGCCACUCUAUUGAUACCACAUGUUUUCUUUAUGUUUGCACCAGCUGUCGUGGCAGUGCAAAACUGUUGUUAACUCGAUGCACAAAAAAAAAAAAAAAAAGAUAUGAAACAGAGACAGAAAAAAAGCAGAAACGGGCAACUAUGUGGUAGCACUUCCCAUGUAUGAAUCAAAUAAUAUAAUUAGAGAAAAUUGCAGUAGAGAAGUUAUGAAAAUAAUUAGUCUCAUCUUUAAUAGGAUAGAAUAUAUAGAUAUUAAAGAGAAUCCAAAGAUAUUUUACUUAUAUGAUGUAUUUUCAUAUAUUUUUGUUGUAAUAUUUUAUAAUACUGAGGAGUAUCACCACAUAAUUGUCUAAAUAGAUGUAAAACAUGUAAACACAUAACAAACAUAAGUGAGAAUAAAAGGAAUGGUGAGAGCACUCAAAUAAGAUUACAAUAAAAUUUUACCCAUUGGUUAAUACAUUUCAGAAAAAGAAACAGAAAAAUACAACAUAGGGUAAUAACGUCAAAUAAAUUAAAGUGACGUAGUGGAUAAAUUGCACUCACAUACGAAGAGCCAAUUAGGAGCUGGCUCAAGCUGAUCGCCUUGAACAGAAAUCUUCCUAAGGACUGGAACACAAAUUGUAGUGGGUAUCUUCCCAAAGUUGCACAAACCAGGAAAACAAAUAAAAAAUUGUACAUAAACUGUAGUAAACACUAUGCAACUACAAAAAUAAUAAAAAAUGAGGAAAGUCCCAUAUAAAUAUAAAAUAAGUCCCAAAAAUGUCCUCAGGAUCCACCUUACGCGUUUCGGCACAAAGCCUUCAUCAGAGGUGCUGUGUUCUGUCCAAAUACGAAGUUCCUUUUAAAUCUUAUUUGGCGCCAUUUUCGCCGUCUUCCCGGCACUUUACUUCCGGGUUCUGACGUCAGGUGCGUGUUACGUCAUCGCGUCCUGACGUCACUUCCGGUUUCGGCGGGUAUGACGUGCCGGAACCGUCAUAAUAACAAGUCCAUAUAAAUAACAUGUAAAAGAUUAGAGACUGGAGAUAACAUAAAAGAAAUACAUGGUAAAGUAAUAAAAUACCACAAAUUUAGAACCAUAAGUCCCAAAUAUUUAUUUAAUCUAGUAAUAGGAGAAGAAAAAUAUAAUAAAAAAUGAUAAAAAUAAAAAGAUAUAUAUAAAAUAUAUAAUAUGUAUGUAUAAAAAAUGUACUACAGAGGCCAAAUUAGAAACAUACAUAUAUAUAUAUAUAUAUAUAUAUAUAUAUAUAUAUAUACAUAAAGUAUAUAUAUGCAUGUAAAAAAUAUAUAUAUAAAAAAUAAUAAUAAUUUAUAGCUUAAAAAUUAUCUAUAAAAAUAAAUAAAUUGAGAGGCAAAAGAUAAUUAAUAAAUAAAGCAACAUUAAAAUAUAUAGGAUAACACAUAAAAAUAACUAAAAAUCCCAAAAAAGUUAAAAUUAAAUAUAUUUAUUAAUUUCAAAAUCUACAUUUAAACCAUUUGGGACCAUAGUCUCUAAUUCAAACAUCCAUUUCAUUUCUGUGUAUCCUAAAAUAUAUUCUUUAUCACCACCUCUCCAGUGGGUUUUAAUUAAAUCAAUACCUAAAAACUCUAUACCUCUCGGGUCUCCAUUAUGUGCUUCUGUAAAAUGUUUAGAAACAUUAUGGUUAAGAAAUUUGCGUUUAAUAUUAUAAAUAUGUUCUCUAAUACGAGUUUUUAAAGUGCGUAUUGUCUUGCCAAUAUAUUGGAAACCACAUUGGCAAGUAAGUAAAUAAAUAAUACCUUUACUAGAACAAUUAAUAAACGUCUUUAUUGUAUAUUCUUUUUUAGUAACCAAAGACACAAAAUGAGAAACCUUUUUAUUUCUAUUUGUUCUAAAUGAGCAUCCUUGACAUGUACCACAAUAACGGAAACCUAUGCUUCCUUAAAAAAAUUAUUUUUAUCUUCUAUUAUUUCUUUAUCUAAAAAACUUUUAGUUAAUAUUUGUCUAAAAUUAUUUGCCCCCCUAAAAAUAAAUUUUGGUUUCAAAUCUAAAAACGGAAGUGCUCCUGAAUCCUCUUUUAAAACAUGCCAAUGCUUUUUAAUUAUUUUUUGUAAUGCUCCAUUAUUAGAGCUAAAAUCAAAAAUAAAAGGAACUGUUUUAGUGUCAUUCUGGUUAUUCUUAAAAUCUUGUUUCAUUUUUGACUUAUAUUCAAGGAGAGGUUGUCUUUCUUUUUCUGCAAUUUCGUUUUCAAUUGUAUCCAAGUCUUCUUUUAUAUAUCCUUUUUCGACAAAUUUUCUUUUUAAAAUUUCUACUUGUUUAAAAUAUUCCUCUCCUUCUGUACAAUUCCUUUUAAGUCUUAAAAAUUGCCCUUUUGGAAUAUUAGUCAACCAUGGUUUAAAAUGGCAACUUUUUAAAUCUAUAAAACUAUUAACAUCUACUGUUUAAAAAAAAGUUUUACUUUUAAUUUUAUUGUUCUCAACAUAAAUUAAAAGAUAUAAAAAAUUAACAUGCUCGGCACUGAUAUCGUAAGAUAAAUUAAUAUUAUAAGAAUUACAAUUAAGAGAGCUAAUAAAAUUUUCCAAGGAUUCUCUGUUACCUUUCCAAAUGAUAAAAAUAUCGUCUAUAUAUCUCUUACAGAGGACCAGAGGUGGUGAUAAAGAAUAUAUUUUAGGAUACACAGAAAUGAAAUGGAUGUUUGAAUUAGAGACUAUGGUCCCAAAUGGUUUAAAUGUAGAUUUUGAAAUUAAUAAAUAUAUUUAAUUUUAACUUUUUUGGGAUAUUUUUAGUUAUUUUUAUGUGUUAUCCUAUAUAUUUUAAUGUUGCUUUAUUUAUUAAUUAUCUUUUGCCUCUCCAUUUUUUUUUUAUAGAUAAUUUUUAAGCUAUAAAUUAUUAUUAUUUUUUAUAUAUAUAUUUUUUAUAUGCAUAUAUAUACUUUAUGUAUAUAUAUAUGUUUCUAAUUUGGCCUCUGUAGUACAUUUUUUAUACAUACAUAUUAUAUAUUUUAUAUAUAUCUUUUUAUUUUUAUUAUAUUUUUCUUCUCCCAUUACUAGAUUAAAUAAAUAUUUGGGACUUAUGGUUCUAAAUUUGUGGUAUUUUAUUACUUUACCAUGUAUUUCUUUUAUGAUAUCUCCAGUCUCUAAUCUUUUACAUUUUAUUUAUAUGGACUUGUUAUUAUGACGGUUCCGGCACGUCAUACCCGCCGAAACCGUAAGUGACGUCAGGACGCGAUGACGUAAGAUGCACCUGACGUCAGAACCCGGAAGUAAAGUGCCAGGAAGACGGAGAAAAUAGCGCCAAAUAAGAUUUAAAAGGAACUUCGUAUUUGGACAGAACACAGUACCUCUGAUGAAGGCUUUGUGCCGAAACGCGUAAGGUGGAUCCUGAGGACAUUUUUGGGACUUAUUUUAUAUUUAUAUGGGACUUUCCUCAUUUUUAAUUAUUUUUGUAGUUGCAUAGUGUUUAUUAAAGUUUAUGUACAACUUUUUAUUUGUUUUCCUGGUUUGUGCAACUUUGGGAAGAUACCCACUACAAUUUGUGUUCCAGUCCUUAGGAAGAUUUCUGUUCAAGGCGAUCAGCUUGAGCCAGCUCCUAAUUGGCUCUUCGUAUGUGAGUGCAAUUUAUCCACUACGUCACUUUAAUUUAUUUGACGUUAUUACCCUAUGUUGUAUUUUUCUGUUUCUUUUUCAGAAAUGUAUUAACCAAUGGGUAAAAUUUUGUAAUCUUAUUUGAGUGCUCUCACCAUUCCUUUUAUUCUCACUUAUGUCUAUUGUAGUGGUUAUUGUGGCCCACUAAGGUGAUUGUAGCACCAGUGUUCAUUUAUCUUUUCACCGUGUGUUUUAUUGUUUACAUAACAAACAUGUACAUAUCUACAGAACCUGAACCCCUCACAUGGAUGGAAGUAGUGUGUAUAUUUAAUAGCAAAAAACUUUAUAUAUUAAGAACCACUUAGGGAAUAAAUAUCCCAUCCAAGAAAUCUAUGAGAAAAAAACCUUAAAGGUCCAUUGUGGCGGCCACCCCAUUAAGAAGAGGGGUUUCACCGCCAGAGAUGUUCUUUUCCCCCUAGUGUGAGUGAUGCUGUAGUACUUUCCCAGUAGUUGUAAUCCAAAGCGAGUAGAGCAGGGAUAUAGCUGGCUCUAUGUUGGGGAUGAACUGGUUUUAAUGGGAACCACACACGGCAUUUUAUGUAACUCCCCAUGCAAGGGGUUUCCUAAAACAUAUUCCAUGGGCAUUCCCCACUGGACCUGAGAGGAGACUGUUACAAAGUAUACAUCUAAAUACAUUCUCUCUUAGGUUAAGAACAUAUACAUGUAUUACACCCUAAAACAUACAUUUCACAAUUAGGUACCCCCUCAAAUUCUAUAUCUCCGGGUAGCCUGGAUUUGAGCGCCCAACAUAUCCCAAAAGUGCUCAGAUCCCAUGAACGCAGCCGAAAUGUCACCGGGGUCAGGUUUAGACCGACCGCACACAAGGCCUCUGCCCAAAAUAGUUCCAGGAAAUUGGGCUGAGAGGUCGGUGUUUUUCGGGGGUACAAAAUAUAAUAAAAUACCAAACGUAACUGUUCGUGCAUACAUUGAGUCUGUGUCCCUUGUUUGGGAGUGUGCUCCCACCGUACACCUUUCAGUUCUGCUGAAUAUAACCGAACGUAGGUGGGGGUGACAGUUUCAGUGGUGUUGGGGCGGUCGAGUGUCCGAUUUUGGUUCCAUACACUCGACAACCAAACACCGCUGCACGUGUUCGCGGCUAAGAUGGCCACCGCCACGUGUUUGCACAUACGAACCACGACCAACCAGCCGGCCGCUUAGAAUGCUGUGGUUAUUGCGGUUAAUGAGGUGAUGACAGAGGUGAAAAGGGUCAACGAGCACCACACUUAGUAUAUGGGUGGUCUAACAGUUCCUGAGUUUAUUCGGUAUACGAACAAAAUGAACAUAAUCAGUUCGGUGCACCCCAUAUGCCGGACCAAUAGGUGAAAGAAAUUAAGUUUUAUAAUCCAGAGACAGAGGGUCUGUCACAUGUAUUGUAACGAGAUAUAGAUCUCUUAAAAAGAUUAUCUUGUUGGAGAUUAACCCUGUAUGUGAAUAAUAUAUUAGAGAAAGCACACUAUAUCUAUGUCCACGUUGUGACCACCUGGUUCCAGGGAACCCAACUGGUGGAAAGGUCUCCCGCUGUGUGAGCCUGUCUUCUCUCCUUCCUCCUCUCCAAUAUGGUGGAAUAUAUUCUAUUCCAAAGAAAGGAGAAUUAAUUCCAACUGAAGUGUAA